GCUUUUUAGAAGUUGCCCUCGAGGACACCACCAAAUUCUAAACUCACAUUCAAAACAUAGUUUGGAGGGUUGAACAAUUUCAGUGAAAAACUGCUGCUGAAUACUCUUUUCCCUUAACAAAGCUCUUAAGCCAGAUCCCCAAACUAGAUUUUGAGCUUUAAAUAACAAUUUGGACCGUUCUUCUAGGAAAAGUAUGUCUUAGGUGUUUGAUGUCCCUCUGGGCUGCAGCCAAAGAUUACCCAGGGAGGUGGCAUUUUGUUGUCUGAACUUCUAUUGCAGACUUGUAUCUCUGAGGUCCUUCCUGUUUCAUCAGGGAAUCCUUAAGCAGAGUUUAUUUCACGAUCCCCAGGUAAUCAAAAUUGUGUGGUGCUGAUAGUGCCAAAUGCUAACCAGCUUUUUUGAUGCCAGCCUGGCAUUUAUUGUUAUCUGAAGCUAGUUGCUUGCCUUCCCUCCAGGGUUCUAUUUGUGAAUUUUCUACGUCUAUAAAUGGAAACCCUAGCUAACAAGAAAUUAUCGCCUGGGCAGCCUGAUGCAGUUCUGUCUCACAACUUGAGUAUGUGAUGUGGUAGGGUGUCUAACAUGUAGCCGGCUAAGGCGCUGCUUUGUGGGAUCUGAAUCCCUUCUCUUCCUUGGAAAUGGAGUUAGGAAAGCACAAACCAGAAGCUUCAACAAGAAACACUUUGUGGAAUGAGAAGCUAAAGGUAACAAGUGGUUUACCUUAAAAUAAUGGGGUGGCUUGGAGUUGUUGAGAACAUGGAAGAAAUGCAAAGUACGGUAGCUCUUGCAUGGCUGAGACGUUCCAGUUACUAUUUUGAUACUUCCUCGAGUCAGUGACCUUGAAGAUUAACAGGUUCAAUAACAGUGUGUAGAAAUUAAUUCUGCUGUUAUCUCUCAGUCGGAAUGAUGGGGGUGGUGUUACAGACGUUUCGGUACUUUGGAGUUGCGUGUUAAAAUGAUAAAGCUAUAGAUCUGCUCCUGUAUCUUCUGAAGUAUUCUGUAUAUAUUUUAACAAGUCUUUCAACACGGUGCAUGCCUUCCACUAUGUGUCCAAUACUGCAUAAGGCAGAGAAGAAUCCAAAAUCCCCCAGAUUUGCUUUUGUUUACAGUAUAUGUUGACUUAGAUUCCGGGGUGAUAAAUGGAAUUUGCUUGUGCCAAAUUUGUUUUCCCGGUAGCACGAAAGGGCUGCGUUAUUCUUGACCCUGGGAAUGGGUAAGCUGUGUUGCCUGUCGCUUCCACCGAAUGAUGAAUUAGAAAUUGCAUCGUGUUCUUGAGAAGGAAGGCAAUACAAUUGAGGGAUCAGUUUUGUUGCCUUCUCCUAAUUCACUGUGAAAAUUGCUAGUUUUUACUUUGCUGGCUUUGACUUGGAACUUCCCCCAAAUGCCAGUGAAAGAAAUAAAAUCAUUUGUGGACAACAAUGCAAACAUUUUAUUCUACUCAAGGAGUCUUUGUCUGAGGCCCUGUUAGUCUCAACCCUUCACCUAGAGAUUAUUUUCUCCAUUAUCAUGGGGGUGUUUUUGUGCUACAUUAUUUAAGUUCUGACACAGAGAUGUGUUCACCUAGUAACCUAGGGACAAGGCCACUGCCACCCUCAGGCUGGACCUAGAAUCCUUCUUUAGAAUUAGUGUUUACUUGAUGUAGGCGUACCUGUCAAUACCUGGACCUGUUGGUAUACUGCAGUAAAUUGUAUACAUAGAGUUCCAUAAUAUAUACAAAUUUAUCAGUUCAUUUUCUCUAUCUUUUAUACAAAACUACUAUACAUCAUUAUGAACAUACCGGUACAUACAAUACUGUUACCUAGAUUUUACUAUGUCGUGUUAUACAAUUUUCUUUCCUACAUAUUAAAAAAUGCAGCUCUAUAUGUAAGUUCACCUAUUUUUCCAACCUUGCAAUAAUAUAUUUCUUUAAUACUUUCAUUCUGAAUUUUAAAGCAAAAAUAGGACUUUAAGCUGUGCAACGAAGUCCAACAUUUAUUUUCCCAUUUUGCUGCAGUAGGUACUUCCAUUUUUAUUUUCAGUUUAAGGGCUAGCAACCUAUUUGCCGCUGAAAGCAAAAAUGAAACACUACGUCAACUGCCUCUUUACACCCAACUUUUAAAAAUAAUAAUACAGUGGUACCUCUGGUUGUGAACGUGAUCCGUUCCGGAGGCCCGUUCGCAACAUGAAAAGCCCGCAACCUGAAGCGCCAUAUUUGCGCAGGUGCACACCGCGAUUUGGCGCUUCUGCGCAUGCGUGAGCGGUGAAACCCAGAAGUAACCCUUUCUGGUACUUCCGGGUCACCGCCGGAUGCAACCUGAAAGAACGUAACACUUGGCUUCUGCAAGAUCUGGCCCUGAAAGACACACGUCCCAGUUUUCCUUUGGGGCAUGUUGGUGGGCAUGCUUCAUGCAUCUAAAAAAGUGGCCUUGAGUCCACAAAAACGAUACCAUCAUAAAUUGGUUGUUUUUAAGGUACCUAGGAUAUAAACCUCACCAGACACAAUGAGACGUACUUCUGGGUAAGCCUGCAAAAGACUGUACUGUGAAAAGCCUAGGAAAUGAAUGUUCAUUUGAAGCCUCCUUCCCAUUUCUCCUCAGUUGUACUGUUCUCCAGGACCUCUUCCAGGCCAGUUGCAAUUGCCUCCCUUUCUCCUUCACAGCUUAUUUGAUGCUGUGAAUGAAGACAUGAAGUAAGAGUGGGAGUAGCAACUUGCCCCUUCAUCAAUAGCGUGUAAAAAAUUGUUUUCGGAAGACCAGGCACAGAUCCACUACAGCUCUAUGCGCAAGAGGGAAAAUGUAACGGGGAGCCUCAGUGCUUUAGCUGGUUUUCUUCAGGACUGUGACUGCAAGUUUCUCAUUCUUUCUCUUCUCAGGAAGGAGAGGCAGGCAGACAGAGUGCCCUGUCUGGUAAAGGGCAUUAGCCAUAGCACUGCUUGUAUUUUCCUCCCCAAAGACUUCCUCACCUUUUAAUGUGCCCUUUCGUUUAAAAGUACUCUAUGUUACCGCUACAGCUGCUGCGUCAGUGCUUCAGCUUUGCCCUACCUGAAUAUUUUGUCAUUUCCCUGGCCCAGCGAGAGGUGGGAGAUGAUUGAUACGAAGGGGUAGGAUCAAAGGCAAACGGACUUGCAAGCCCCGCAUCUUUAGUGUGACAUUUGUUACAUACAGUACAUGCAGUAAACAUAUUUUCCAUCUUCGCUUUGCACUGAAUUUCACGUACCUAAAUAUGUCAGGCUCCCUUUGCCAAUAUAAUAUCCACAGGGAGAAAUUGAAAUAGAUUCUUGCUGGAGAUAAGAUUACUGUCUGGCACCUCAGUCCAAAACAUUUUCACGAUGGCAUGAGAUGUUGGGCGUCCCCACAACAUGCAGCUAGCUUCAUGUUUUGAGAUGUUGCACUGGUGUGAGAGCUUAUCAAUGAAUUUCCUUCCCGUCUCUUUAUUCGCCUUUACUUAAAAGAACAUUUAUAAGCUGCCAAUUCAUUAAGAAUCAUGGCUAUGUACAUGAAGACGUUGUAAGAGUAUAAAAUGCAGAACCAAAUGACCACUGGCUCCUAUUAAUUCUCUUUAAAAAAUGGUUGGCGAAAUGUUUGUGACAGGUGUCAAGAUGACAGAAUUGUAGGUGCCCGACUUCAAUAUUACUUGACGCCCCUGCACUAAAAAGCCCGAGUUCAUGUAGAAACUAAUGGAAUAUCACUUACUGUAACUGCAAGACAGUCAGAAGAGCUUCUCCAGAUGAUUUCAGUGAUGAAAGCAGAAGUCUGCUAUAGUGCAAGGAUUCCCAAGCUGUGGUCUAUGGGCCACCAGUGGCCUGUGAGCUUCAUUCAGGUGGUCCACAGCAUGUUGGUGGAUUUGUGAUUGAAGAUGGCACAUAUAUUGCAUUAGAUAGUCAUAUCCAUUUUUAAUUGUAUUUCUUGGCCAUAGAUUCAUAGAAUUGUAGAGUUGGAAGGGACCGUGAGGGUCAUCCAGUCCAACUCCUUUAUUACUUCUUUUAUUUAUUAUAUUAUAUUGUAUUACAAUUUGAAUCUGAACACACUCAAAUGCAAUCUUUAAGAAACGAUCUAUGAAACACACUUGAAACUCCCACAACACCUAGUUCAGCACAUUGCAAUUGCUACAAGAGGCAGAAAAAUCAACCGGUGGUCCACCAAUAUUGUACCACCAGCAAUUUCAGGUGGUCCAUGGGGGAAAAUCUUUGGAAGCUGCCGUAAUAAGUGUAUUCUAACCACAUAGCUGUUGCAGAAAAUCUGUGGACUGAUGUGAUUUUACUCUUGAAUCUUCGCAGAAUAGCAGACCCAUGGAUUAAGUUGUGAGAACUUGUAAUUUGUGGUACUUGGAUGGUUUUGCUCAUCACAGGUGACUAAGUGUGUAGCUACUUAUGAGUCUGCAGUAAGUAGUCUAAUUUCAGACUGAAUUUCAAGGUAGCUGCAGUACUUCUGAGAUCAGCACCAAUCAAUAGAUUUGAAUUCACAAUCUGGAUCUUGUUCUAUAAUACAGCUUUAUAAGAUGAUCCCUGACUGUUUCCACUUGAUGGAGCUUGAAGCAUUACAGAGUCAUCUGAACGAGAGACUGACAUUAGAUAAAGGCUUUUAAUGCCAGUCUCUGAUUAUCAGUACAGCAACAAUGAUGCUGACUUUCCUUACAGAAAGACGUUUCAGAAUGCCAUAGACACUCCUGACUUGCUUUGAUUAAUCAUUCUCUUACUAUCUGUUGGCAGCUUAGUCAACUUCUGUUGGCAGCUUGGUCAACUUCACUGAUAGAUGUGUCACAACUUGAUUCAUUAAGGGCUAGAGGCAAAUGUAUCUUAUUUCUUUCUGGUAGUUGGGUAGGACAAGGUACACUGACCUCAAGUAGCACCACACUCCUUGGCUGAAGGAGAAGUCAAAGUUCACUGCCUUUCAGUUCAAACUGAACAUCCCCGGGUUGUGCAAAUGAUAGAUAGGAAUGAAUGCUGUUUAUUUUGGACCAGGGUGUUUAUUGCAAGGUGCUCUGCUAAGUGGGAAGCUCACACUGAAAGUAAACUGCGACAUCUUAAUAGCAUUCUUUGCUAAAAAUGCAAGUUGCAGCCCAAGAUGGAUUGGAUUUUUGUGGUGCUUUCUCAGGAAGAGAUGGGCAAGCCCAGCUUUACAUCUGAACAUUAGCUGACUGAUGAAAAGGAAAAGGAGGAGCCUUGGGAAGAGGAUAUGGGAAAGUCUGGAAUAUGUGGUGAUAAGUGAAUUCUGGAAACCAGCCCUGCUGCUGUAAAAUGCUGGUAAUUUCAAAAACUGCCUCAUUCACCUGAGACUUAUGCUUCCAGUGUCUUAUCCAAGGAGGGAAAUCACGUAGGCAUGGGCAUCAAAUUCACAUGGAGCACACAUCACUCUCAACUCUUUGGACUUCACCCUGGAUAUGGGAAAAAACUUUGCACAUACCCUCCACCUUCCAAAGCUACUUGUUAAUUACAGUGGUACCUCAGGUUACAUACACUUCAGGUUACAUACGCUUCAGGUUACAGACUCCACUAGCCCAGAAAUAGUACCUCGGGUUAAGAACUUUGCUUCAGGAUGAGAACAGAAAUCGUGCUCUGGCGGCCCGGCGGCAGUGGGAGGCCCCAUUAGCUAAAGUGGUGCUUCAGGUUAAGAACAGUUUCAAGUUAAGAACGGACCUCCGGAACAAAUUAAGUACUUAACCCGAGGUACCACUGUACUUAUAUAACUGAUUUCCUUCAAAGCAACACAUUUUUACAAAAGCAAAUGAAAUACUUGGUAUCAGGCUAGGGAUGUCAGAGAAUUCUGAAGAAAAUAGGAGCAGAAAUUGCCAAAGUUCAUUUAUUCAUCUAUGUCCGGCAUGCAAAUCAAUCCAGUGAAUCUGAUUGGUAUUCACAAUUGUUUUCAGUCCAUAAAUUAUGUGUACUUGACGACUCCUACCCUCCAAUCUGCACUGAAUCUUCUUUUUACUGAAACAAUGUGGCCUAAUGUCAGAAUAAUGCAGUUAAUUAUGUAGAAUUUUACCACCAUGGGCAGAAUGGAAAUCGAUGCCUUCUUACAUUCCUAACUGAGACUGAGCAACGAUUUGCAAAGAAUCUCUGCUUCAAACCAGUCAACUGUCCCAACAGCAAGGUGACCCCACCAUGCAUCCAAAUGGUAUAUAAGCUGUGAUUUUUUAAUUGAUUAAUGUACCACUUAAUCAAAGGGCUCAUUAAAACGGUAGAUAAAAUACAGCUAAAACCUACAAAACUAUUUUUUUAAAAACCCCAAAUAUACAUAAAAUCUUUGAAACACAGAUAGCACCAGUAAAACUUUUAAAACAAAUGUAGGUAGCUAUGCUAUGUUUGAGUAAGGUUGCUGAACUAGAAAGGUUUUCUCCAGUUGUCUAAAACAAGGUAACAAAGACACGGAACUAGUGGAAUUUAGUAAAUUUCAUCCUGUUGAUUAUCUUACUAGUUUAAAUCAUAAUUAGUAGUUAAAGGGGGCAGAAACAAACAUGCAUCACACAGAUAUUCUGUCUGUUUUCCCUUUCCCUUCCAGCAAUGAAGUUGGUUUAUUGGUUAAAAUUAGUAAGGUAGAAGCCUAGCCCUGCCUUGAUGUCAUCUGUAUGACUCAUCAACAGGAUAGCAUGUUAACCCUCCACCGUAGGGUGUGGUACUCUAAGAAUAGUGACAGAACUUGACUCCAGCAACAACAGCUAUUACAUGACUCUCUCUAGUUGACUGAAGUGUCACAGUGGCAGCACUGAGGAGAGAAAGAAGAAGAAAAGACUUGCAUAUCAAUAGUGUGUGUGGGGGGGAACGAAAAGGAAAUACAAAACAGAGCUCUUCCUGUCCUCAGUGGAGAACAUUAUAAUGUUAACUCUAUGGCAGUAUCCACAGGACCUUGGGAGUUAUAGUUCUGCACAGAGGGCAAGGAAUCUCUAACAGAAUUCUUGACAUCCUUAGCAUUCUGUAAAAAAAGUGAAAGUUGAUUAGCUCGGGGGGGGGCAAGUUAUUGAGCCUUUUAAAAAAAGUUUUACCUAUUUUUAAGGAGAUUUGCCAAAAUCUAGACUUCCAACAUCAGUUGCCAUACGUCCGGAUUUUCCUGGACAUUUCAGCGAUUUCCGCCCAGACACUGCUUCCGGCUAUAGUAUUCUGGCUAUAUCUGGGAAAUUCCGGACAUAGGGCAACCCUAGUUGAAGUGAAAGAUGCCAGAAGAGAAAGCAAGCAGUCAGAGGCUGCUGUCUGGCCAGGCAACCCAUCACCACUGGGAUCUGGCUAGGCUAGCAGCUGGCUAGAGUGCCAGGCCUGGUUUUAGCCACCCACCAACUGAAGCUGAAACUCUGUUACUGGAUCACAAGACAUUGCUACAGGCUCCGUAAAAUCUCCCAGGACUUGAGAGUGCUUCUCUGUGGUGCCAGCAAGUAAGGACAGACUGCUGGCAGUCCUGGGGGAGGGUGGUAGCAGGUGCCCCUGCUGCCCCUGGUAAAUUGGCUUGCCAUGACCCUGAGAAUGCUUCUUUCGCUAAAGAGAGAAAUUUGGAUAUGAAGCAGGGAUUUUAAGUGGGUGGGGAGAAACUGAGGACAGAGUGGUGGGGAACUGCAACAAACCUUUGGAGUGUGAUUUACUACUCUGCAGGAUACUCCAUUCCACCCCAGACCCUGUGAUCAUCACCUGAGGACCUUCUUUGUUUUCCUCCUCUGAGAGAAGUCUGGAGGGUGGAAACAUGAGAGACUUUUCUGAGGUGGUUCCCCACUUGUGGAACACCUCCCCCUCAGCAGGCUUGCCUGGCGCCUUCAUUACAUAUCUUUAGGUGCCAGGCAAAAACAUUCCUCUUCUCGUCCUUUGGCUAAUUAAACAACCUAUGGCCUUUAAAACUGAGUUUGUGAGGGGUAUUAUUUUUGUUUGUUAUGUGUUCUUAUACUGUAACAUUUAUGUGUUCUUAUAUUGUAAAUGACUCUGUGAUCCUUGGAUGAAGGGUGGAAGAGAAACUAACAACAACAACAACAACAACACAUAAGAAACAAGCAGGGAUUAAAGAUCUACAUUGGGAACAACUGUCUCUAUAUAUCUUGCUGCCUGAGGCUGUUACCUCACCUUGCUUCAUAGAUGGGGUGGCCCUGAGUUUAGUUGCCUUUUAUACAUGGAGUGGAGCAUCAUAUUAUCCAUUACCAGCAAAAUAUCUUGGAGAUGCUUACUUUUAUACACCUUCAGUUGAGACCUAGGUUGCUUCCAAGCAUGUGCUCAGCUCUAGAAUUUGUUUUCAGGAUCAAAACUCAUCUCACUCCAUGCUUGGUUUCCCUCUCAGUUGUCUUACUUUUUGGCAAUUCCCCCCCCCCCAGAGGCUUUUGAUGUUGUUAAACGGAUAUGAGUAAAACUAAAAAUCCACCUCUUGAUGAUCUACUGCAAACCACCUCCAAGAUCUACCAGUAGAUCACAAUUUUCCUUCUUCUGAGCUUUGGGAAAGCAGACAGACUGUUAGAAUUAGCAUAUAAAAUGUAUUCAGAAAUUGGCCGUGGCUUCCUGUGAAAAUAAUGUUUCCUUGUAUAUUGAUUAUCCCUGGAGUACAGCUGGGUUGACUCUAAGCCUGCAUGUGAGACAAUUACAAAGCCCCCAGCCUUGCCUCCAUUUUCAGAUGUUAAUCUAAAGUUACUCCCUUCCAUUUUAAUAACUUUUACUGCUGGAUUCCAAAUUCCUCCUCAUUGAAUUACAGAUUUUAUAGUGGCCUAUUUAACAUCACUGACACAGCUCACAUGAUUUUAGAAAAUGGCCAGACUGGGGUAGAAAAGAGUAAACAAUCUCCAACAACUCAGCUGUAGAAUAAUAAUAAGAUUUUAAAUUAGAAUCAGUUGGCUACUUUAAACUGAGGAAUAGAACGGGCAUAUGCUUUCCUGUUACAUCAGUUCAUAUUAAUGUUUUAAAACUUUCCAAAUGUGAUGUUACCCUCUUGCCUCUUGUAAAUGAAAUAAAAGAGCUACAGAAAGCAGAGGAAAAUUUAACAAUGUCUCGGUCCAGAGAUGCUUUACAGAUGAAGUCUCUGAUGUACAUACAGUGUCCCUUACUUACAAGACUCCAGUCGUACCUCGGAAGUCAAACGCCUUCAAGUCGAACAUUUGGGCUCCCAAAUGCUGCAAGCCUGGAAAUGAGUGUGAACAUUCUUUGGAACCCGAACGUCCAACGCGGGUUCCGCAGCUUCCGAUUGGCUGCAGGAGCUUCUGCAGGACUUCUGGAGCAGAUUCCAUUCGACUUCCGAGAUACUACUGUAUUCUCAUUCAUUUUAGUUGAUGGGAAAGCUCUGUGAGCCUAUCAUUUGGAUGCAAAAGUCUCCUCUAUGCAUCUUUGUAUUAUUGAACUUGCACACGGAGUUUGUAGCAAAACAGCACCCUUUAUGACAAUGCACAUAAGGGAGGUGUCAGAAGGUUUGGGGGAUUCACAAAUUGUGCAGACGUAUAAAAUAUUCAAUGGGGGAAGAAACCCUAAUGGAGUCAAAACAGCAGAAGAGGCCCAAUAAGGACUAAGGCUGUGUACACACACCAGAGUUUAGUCUGUAUCCAGUGUACUCUGCAUGUUGGUUUGUUCCUUGUCAGUUUUGUACACAUGAUGUCAAACUCAAUCCAAAUAUAUCCUGUUUGAUUCUAUGAGUUGCUGAGUUUUGUUUUUUCACAAGCCAGGGUUGAUGCAAAGAGAGAUUUUAAAACGGAAUGAAUUUACACUUCAACCCACAUAUGUGUGAUGUGCAUGUGAACAGUACGUUUUUCCAGUGGUUGUCCCCUACUGUGGUGACAUUGCAGUGAGUGUACACCACAGUGGAGCAUUCCACUUCCUUUCUGUGUCAACUUAGUUUCUACUUUACCAGUGGGGUGCUGGCAGAGAUUUACAUUUAAACAAUUAAAAGGGGGGAGAAUAACAUUGUUUUCUGAAAGUCUAGUAUAUUGGAAAAUUUGUACCUCAAGAUAUAUAUAUAUAUAUUUUUAAUGGCUGUGCAGAGAAAUACCUGCAUGCAUGUACACAAUGACUACUUACCCAGUCCUGGGGUGGGUGGCAGUUGCAGCCUGUCACAACGGGUCAUGACCUCCAGGAGCAACGGUGGGAUGGGUGACCAACAGUUUGGAAAUCCUCAUUCUGGACGCAGAGUAGGACGAUAGUUCUUGCCAGUCCCAAUUUUAAAUCCUGGGUCUUGGGGGCAGGCCUUGGUCCCAUGAUUGACCCUGUCAGGCCUGCCUCCACUAGGAGACUAAGGAGGGAUACAAACCCAAUGCUUAAGCCAAAUCCUAUCUACUUCUGGAAUCAAUAAAGUUGUGGCCAAUUUCAAAUCCGAGAACGUUGUCCUUGUCCAGUUUGCUCACCUUAGACCAGGCCUUGCUGCCAGGGGAGGGGUCACUGCGAAUGGGACCACAAUGGGGCAUGGAAAUGCUAAUUGAGGGAGGGAGCAGAGAAAACCGCUGUGAGCUACUUGCAAAGUGAUGUGAACAACGCUAAGCAAUGCAUCCGGCAGCGUUGUGAGAAACCCGGAGUCCCAGUAAGGACAACAGAACGCUGAAUGGCUGUUCAGAGGGGGGAAGCGGAAAACUGAGGAGUGGAGGAAAUGAUACUUCUGAUAGGGUGAAAAGGAGGACAGAGUUCCCACCCUUUUAAUGCUUGUAUUAAAAAAAGGGAAUUUCAGCUGGAGCAGCUUACAUGAUAAGCUGCUGGAAUUGCACCGCAAAGGUGGAGGAGCCCUGCCCUCUUCACUGGGGAGAAUGCCAAAUGGGUGAGCCCAGAGAAGAGGGCCGGUGGCGGUGCUGCUACUGUGGUUGUUAAAGGUGAUGGCUCUUUCUAGCACCCAGGAUAAACCCUGAGCUAAAGCUGUGUGACAUUUUUAGCCGAAAAUGCUUUUGGUUUCCCACUGAGGCAGUUGUCAAUUAUUUGUGCUAAGUGGAUCUAUCCCAGAGGGACUAAUUACGCUGCUCUUUUCUCAGACAUAACUGGUAAAUGCAGGUUCAUGGUAUUCCCUUGUUAGAUGUGUAAAAAAAAAGGGGGGGAGAUGUUCCAAAAAAACUUUGGGAAAUAGAAAACAAGCCUGGAUGAUUGCCUUGGAGAGUUAAGUGACAGCUCUUCCUUUGAUCUUUCUCUUGUUUCUAAAAGCUCCUGAUUUGAUGUAGGUACUGUGCUGUUAACAGAGGUCAUUAAGAUAAAGGUCCUCUUCACAUGUUCAACCAGCUGUGUGGGAAAUGCUUGCUGCUGGUGCUGUGUACAACCAACCUCAUAACUAUCUUCCAUCUGAUUGGCAGCCCUCCAGAAGGGAAGUUGCUGAUUGGCUAGGAAAACCAUAUGUGAGCUGCUCUUCCCACAUGGAUGCUUUACACACAGAGACACACAGGAGCAAUACUGUGAUAGCACUGGUGGAAAUAAGCUCCCUCAAGGCUGGGUGAAUGUGUGAAGCUGAACAAUAAGCUCUCAAAACCUUGGGUUCUCAGCUCCCCUAAAACAGGAAUAGAGAAUCUAUGGCCCUCCAGAUGUUGUUGGGCAGUAAACUCAUUUAGAUUAUCUGAGGGCAUUCUACUCAUGGCACCAGAUCCUACAGAAUAUCAUAGGGCGGUGAUAUGAAAAUAGGCUUUUUUCUGCUUUUGUUCCUGUACUAUGGAAUACUCUUCCCUCAGCCAUGUAUAAAAUGGCAACCACCAGUUGCUUCAGACAUCUUGUAGAGAUAUAUCUGUUUGCUCAGGCUUUCCUUGACCUAGAAGAUUGAACCAUGUUUGAAUCCCUUGAAUUCCUAAUUUGUUUUUAUAUGCUGAUAUGCUGCUGUUUUAUUGGUUUUGGGUUGUAUUUUUGUUCUAAUGACGCCAGUGGUUUUUACAUGGCACAAUGCUUAGAGAUUUGUAAAACAUGAAGCAGUUUAUCAAUGCUUUUAAGUAAAAUAAGCAUCAGACCAUUCACCAUACUGGUUGGGGCUGGUGGAAGUUAGAGUCCAACAACAUCUGGGCAACCAGAUGUUUCUUAUCCAAGUCCUAAAGGAAGCAUUAGCAUCCUGUAAUCAGCUCCUCAUCCCCCAAACCAGUUGCUUGUCUGAAUGGAACCAGUAACAUUUGACCAAUUGGCUCUGGGACACAGCUAUUAUUUAUGAUGUUUUUGAAAAGCAGGUAAAACAUGGAUUUCUAAUAAGUGAUAGAGCAUUGGUCCUUGGCAGCAUCACUAGGUAGGGUUGGGAAACAAUUUCGGCCUAAAAAAGAGAAGACCUGCUUCCAUAAGUGUACUGUAGUCAAUACUGAGCUAGGUAGACCAACAGUCCGAAUCAGUAGAAGGCAUUUUCCUGUUUUCUUAAGUAGAGACCUGAGUGAGAACUGUCUCAGUGUAUUUGAAUCAGAGAUCUUGUUAUAAAACAUUUUAAAUUGUCUUAGCAAUUAUGUUAUCAUAAUGGCAAUUUUAUAAAUUUAUAAAUAUAUCAUGAAGAAUAAGAUAUUAUUAUAGGGUCUUACAUUACUUUCAAAACUGCAUUUUUCUCUUGUGCAGAUUCCUUGAAGCCAGCUAGGCGAGACACUUUAGGGCCAUAAUUUUAACCAUCAGCUUAUUUGGGGUCUGAUACACUGUAGCAUAAUCUUUGUAGAAGUGUUUCAAUUUGGAGCAAUUUUCUUUAAAAACACCAAGAUGACUUUGCUAGGCACUUUUUUUUACUUUACAAUCACUUGAGUUUUGUUACAGUAAAGCAGUUUUUGUGUGGCUGACUUCUAUUCUGAAGGGCAUUCUCAGUUUAUGCCAGCACCAUACACCUACACACGAAUAUUUUAAACCAUUGUUAUUCAUAUAAAACACACAAAGUUUUAUAGGUCCAAACAAGCAAAGCAAGAAUUCUGUGCCUUAAAAGAAGCAACAUUCACUUGUGUUGUCUCCCUCCCUUUUCCCAUUGUAGGUAAAAUAAAAUGCAUCCUUUGUAAUUUCAUAUGAUCAGUGCUACAGACUGGUGAUGUUCCAAGUAUUCACUUAGGCAAAGCUGUGUGCCUUUUCUAGGUAACACGAUAAUCUGUGUCAUUAUCUGUAGAGCUGUCAUCAUGUGCGAGCAACAAGCAGGUGGCACUUGAAUCCUUCAGCGGAAUAAAAAAAUAUAAUAGAAUAGGUUUCAAGACAAUGAAUCCACUUAGUCCUAGAGGUCUAAUGUGGCUUUGGUUAUGAUAUGCCUCCUGAUGUUGCUGAACUACAACUCCCAUCAGCCCAGACCACAGGACACAAUGGCUGGGAUAGAUGGAUGUUGGAGUCCCAAUGCAUAGGAAUGGCCACCGGGCCACUAUCUCUGUCCUAGAAGUAAGUUUAAGAAUUAAAUGUUGUGGACUGUUUUAUAGGGUUGCCAUACAUCUGGGACGCGGGUGGCGCUGUGGGUUAAACCACAGAGCCUAGGACUUGCCGAUCAGAAGGUCGGUGGUUCGAAUCCCCGUGACGGGGUGAGCUCCCGUUGCUCUGUCCCUGCUCCUGCCAACCUAGCAGUUCAAAAGCACGUCAAAGUGCAAGUAGAUAAAUAGGUACCACUCCGGCGGGAAGGUAAAUGGCAUUUCCAUGUGCUGCUCUGGUUCGCCAGAAGGGGCUUAGUCAUGCUGGCCACAUGACCCGGAAGCUGUAUGCCGGCUCCCUCGGCCAAUAAAGCGAGAUGAGCGCCGCAACCCCAGAGUCGGCCACAACUGGAUCUAAUGGUCAGGGGCCCCUUUACCUUUACCUAUACGUCUGGGAAAUCACAGACAUGUCUUGGGGGGGGGCAGCAUGCCCAUGGGGGGAUUUUAAAAUUUAAAAUGAAAUGUCAGGUUUUUGGGGGGGUUUAUUCAUUUUUUAAUUUUUUUUGCUUGGGCUUGGGCUCGGGUGUGGGUGGCGUGGGUUGCUCUGCAUGCCACAGAAGCUGCCAACCCGAGCCAGAAAAAGAGGUGCAUGGGUUCAGUGGCCCCGUGUGCCUUUUUUCCCUGGCUCAGGCCAGCAGCGCCUUGGGCUGCCAUCUUUUUUGCUCUUCAAGAUAUGGCAACCCUACUGUUUAGAACCCCAGCAUAGGAUUUUACCAUUUGCAAUAAAGUGCUCCUGAUCUUCUUUGAAAAUCAAUGCAUCCAUCAUUUUCUUUUAAACUGUCACUUCUUAAAUUAUAUCCCAUUGAAUGAUGAUAACUUAUUUUCCCCAGUGAAAUGUUCAGAAAUCUAUCUUCCUCAUCUCAUAGGAUGCUUAAGUGCUUUUACAAAAUUAUCCAUAAAACCUUCUGGUUGAACAAACAAAUAAAUGAAUUUCUGUUGAAUUUCUGCAUUGUAAAAGUUCUAACAUCUAUUCUCUUCUCUCAUUUUGCUAUUCUGAAGUAUUUUCCAUUAUAGGUAAAAUGCAUUCUUAGUAGUUCAGUAUGAUAAAUGACUUUUUGAUGUUUCAAAUAGUCACUUAGGCAAAGUGCCUAGCUUUUUUAGGUAACACAAUAUUCUGUCUCAUUGCAGAGCUGCUACGUGCAAGCAGUGAGCAGGUAGAACUUUAAUAUUUCAAAAAAUUGAAAGGAAAUAAAAGGAUAGAUUUUAAAACUUUGACAAUACAGAACAUUCAAGUGCUGUCUAAGUAUGUUUCAUUCGAUUUAUUUGUUCACCAGAAUUUUUUUAUGGAUAACUCUGUGAAAGCCCUUAAGCCUUCUAUGGACUGAAAUAUGUCAAUUGCUGAAUAUUUAAACCAAGAAAGAUAGGUUAGCAUCAUUCAAUGGGAUACAAUUUAAGAAGCAAUACUUAAAAAGAAAACCAUUUUUGCACUAUCUUGCAAAGAUAAUCAUAAGCGCCUUAUUGCAAAUGUUAAAAGAGAGGACUACAAAAUACUGGGAUUAAAACAGGACACAACUUUCAUUUGACUUCAAAAAUUAUUACUGUGGCUCUUUAGAUAUUGUUGUCUCCAAUUCCAAUCACUCCCUGCUAUCAUGGCCUGUGGUCUGGGAUGAUGGGAAGAAGAAGAGUUUGGAUGUGAUAUCCCUUUUUAUCACUACCCUAAGGAGUCUCAAAGCAGCUAACAUUCUCCUUUCCCUUCCUCCCCCACAACAAACACUUUGUGAGGUGAGUGAGGCUGAAAGACUUCAGAGAAGUGUGACUAGGCCAAGGUCACCCAGCAGCUGCAUGUGGAGGAGCGGAGAAGCGAACCCAGCUCAGCAGAUUACAAGUCCACCGCUCUUUACCACUACACCACACUGGGAGUUCAACAACAUCAGGAGGGACACCAUAACCAAAGCCACAUCAAACCUCCAGGAUAAGUGGAUUCAUUGUAUUCUAUAUAAUGGAUCCAGCAUAUUUAAUAUUGGGAAGAUAAAGGUUUUAAUUAUCUUAACAGUUUCAUAUAAAUAUCUUGCCUAGUGAAAAUCUUUUGCUGACACCUCUGGCCCAUGACUUUAGGAAGCAGCCAUUUUGCCUUUAACAAUGUCACAUUUUAGCAACUGGAUGUAGCUGAACAAGCUGAGCCUUUGUGUCCCAAAUUCUUCCUAUGCCCACACAAACUGCCUACUCCUAGAAUAUCCCAUUAAUGGAAUCUCUAGCUAGAAAUAUAUUAAUUCCCUAAGACACAGGCAUAAAUCUACAGCAUUAUUUUAUUUGGUUCCCCCCGCCCUCUUGUAAAUAGCAACCCAUACAACAUGGAGAACAGACUGAGGCAAGAAAUGUGAGAGACAGUUCCUCCUUUAAUUUCCUUUACAGAGAACAGGUAUGAAGUCUUUUUGAAUGUAAUGGCCUAUUGUAUAUUUUAAAAAACAUUCUAGGACUUGAACACUGCUGUAGGUAUAAUGCUGUUCUGUUAGGAUGUUAAAUUUUUUAAUCAUUGUAUUGGUACUCCUGGUAUAAAUGUUUCAUGUCUAAGAUGGAAAUCCCCAUAGCAUAGCUAGAGGAAGCAAGCCCCUUUUGAACUCACAGUGGCUUGCUUCCAGGUAGAUAGGCUUAAGAUGAGGCUUUAAAUGUUGUGCUGGUUUUAUGCAGUGGGUUCUGAAUACAGAUUUUUAUUUUGGAUGCCUGUUCACAUGCUACCCAUUUGCAGAUGCAGAUAAGUCCGUUCACCCCUUUUGGUGCAGCAGCAUUGCAGGAUGGCAAAGGCUUUACUAGAGCCCUGAGGGGGGAACUGGAACAGUGGUGCCCUUCCUGAUAAGCGGUGGGGGCUUAUCAGGAACUGGAUCCUGGCCUGCACCCAGCUUUGUCUAAUGGGGAUGCGGCUGGGGACUUGGGCUGUGCCAGGGGGCAGAGCCGACGGAGCAGGUAGGCUUCCUUCGGAUCUGCCCCUUGCCCAUUUAAGCAACCCACCCCUGAGGCACUACCUGUUUGUUCCUUCGCCAGAUUUUUCCCCUGCCCACCCACCCUCAGUUUAAGCUUAUAGUCAAUGACUUUGCUGUGGCUACGGUGGUCGCCGUUCUUUAAGGGGGCCAGGUAGAAAUUUCCCCACUGGGCUAAUUGCCACUGACCCGGUGGUUUUGCCUACCUAAUAGCAAUCGUCACAACUGGUUGAGCAUGGGGGCAAUCCUGCCCCUCCAUCCAAAUGUUGGGGUAUCCCGUUAAAGGGAUCCGGGGGGAGUGGCCAUGUCUGUGUGCUUGGGGGUGGGGCAGGGCCGAAGCAACUCCCUCAGAAGAAGGUCCCUGAGGGGGCUCACCCUAUUUGAUGUAAGUCUCAGGAACCCCCAUCUGGAUUGACCACGCCUCACUUCCAGCAGGCAGGCUGGAAGUAUUUUGAUUGCCCCAUGCCCAAGCCAAGCCUCUUUCAUCUGUAUUCAUCUGUGGUGACUACGCGGGGCCAAAUAUGUGGACUACAAAACUUAAAUCGAUUCCCUAUAUCUGUGCCACGUGUUGCUGGCUAGAACACCCUGCAGUUCCAGAUGGUGAGGCUUUGGGAAAACUUCUUCAUGCUCCAGAUAACCCCAAAUGAGAGUGAUCUGAAUGGACCCGUAAAAAUGUAAAAUUGUAGCAUGUGGGCCUGAUAGUUCUGUGAAAUCCUUAGCUUGGUGCCCUCCAAGUGACUGACAGCUAUGUCAGCCAUUGGUACUUCCCCAGAGGAGUGUGUCAAAUCAACGUCUUGCAGUACUAAGCAGUACCGAACUCACUCUCCUGCCUUUUCUGCCUGUAUCCCUGACAUUUUGAGAUUAACAUCUCACGCUGAUGGGUGAUGUGAGUUUAUGUCUGUGUACACACUACCAGCUUAAAACACAGCUAGGUGCUUCUUUUUCUCAAUUCAGAUCAGUAAUAAUUUUUUAUUUAUAUGCUGCCCAUCUGACUGAGUUUCCCCGACCACUCUGGGUAGCAGUAUGUGCACGGCCUAUAUCUCAAGAAAUGUGGUGUUCUCUAAUUUACCACAAGACUGCUAUUGAGUUCCCCUGUGUUUACAAAUUUGUGAUAGACUGUUGCCACACAUAUCCUGCCCCAUAUUUUUUUUUUACCAGCUGCUAUGGAGGCCAAGCAUUUUUAUUGCUUUCUGUACACAUACAAGCAAACACAAGAAUUAUAUAAUAUCUGUGGGACAACUCUCUCCACAUAAUUAGUAGUUAGAAGGACUCAGUUUUAGUAUAACACAUCUUGAAAGUCUGUGGGUGUUCUAUAAUCAGCAGUUCUUAAGGGAGAAAGGCACCAGAGUCGUGGAAGGAAGCUUACAUUACACUUAUAUCGAAAACAGAGACUGAAAAGACACAGCUCAAGAACUACCGCCCCAUAUUGCUGCUAAAUGUGGAUUAUAAAAUUUUUGCAGAUAUUCUGGCUAAAAGAUUUAAAAAGGUGUUAGUAGAAGAAAUUCACAAAGAUCAAGCGGGCUUUCUCCCGGGCAGACAUUUGUCUGACAAUAUGAGGAAUAUAAUUAAUAUUCUAGAAAAACUUUAAGUGAAUAUCAAUUCUAAGGCUGUCUUGAUAUUUGUGGAUGCGGAGAAAGCCUUUGACAACAUCUCCUGGAGCUUUAUGAAGAAGAAUUUGCAGGGGACGGGGGUAGGUCAAGGUUUUGAAAAUGGUAUAGGUGCAAUUUAUUCAGAACAAAAGGCAAAAUUAAUUGUGAACAAUGUAGUGACAGAAGAGUUUAAGACUGAGAAAGGGACACGACAAGGUUGCCCAAUUUCUCCACUGCUCUUUAUAUCGGUCCUUGAGGUUUUGUUAAACAUGAUAAGAAAGGACCAAGAGGUCAAAGGUAUACAAGCGGGAGCGAAACAGUAUAAACUGAAAGCAUUUGCUGAUGAUUUAGUAUUGACCUUACAGGAGCCAGAAUCCAGUACAAAAAGAGUAUUGGAACUGAUUCAAGAAUUUGGACAAGUAGCAGGUUUUAAGCUGAAUAAGACGAAAACUAAGGUCUUAGAGAAAAAUUUAACUGUGAACGAGAGAGAGAAGUUUCAGGAAGAGACAGGACUAACACUGGUUAAGAAAGUGAAAUACUUAGGGGUUAACAUGACUGCCAAAAAUGUGAAUCUAUUUAAGGAUAAAUAUGAAAAAUGUUGGAUUGAAGUGAAAAAGGAUUUAGAAAUAUGGUCAAAUUUGAAGUUAUCAUUGUUAGGCCGAAUUGCUGUGAUAAAAAUGAACGUGUUGCCAAGGGUGUUGUUUUUGUUUCAAACAUUACAAAUUUUGGAUAAGAUGGAUUGUUUCAAGAAGUGGCAGAAAGAUAUUUCCAGAUUUGUUUGGCAGGGCAAGAAGCCUCGAAUAAAAUUUAAGAUAUUAACUGAUGCUAAAGAAAGAGGUGGAUUUGCCCUGCCAGACUUCAAACUUUAUUAUGAAUCAGCGGCUUUUUGCUGGCUGAGAGAAUGGCUGCUUCUUGAAAACACUGACGUGUUGGAUUUAGAAGGUUUCAAUAAUGCAUUUGGUUGGCAUGCAUAUUUGUGGUACGAUAAGGUAAAAGUACAUAAAGCGUUUAAAAAUCAUAUUGUUAGAAAAGCAUUGUUUAAUGUUUGGAUAAGAUAUAAAGAUUUGUUAGAAAAGAAAACCCCAAGAUGGUUGUCACCAAUGGAAGCGAAGGCACAGAAAAAACUCAAUAUGGAGGCCAAAUGGCCGAAAUAUUGGGAAAUUCUGGAUCAAGAUGGAGACAGAAUAAAAUUGCAGAGCUUUGAAAAAUUGAAAAAUAAAGUGUGAGAUUAUUAUCAAAUAAUGGAGGCAUAUAAUUUGGACAAAAAAGUUGAUUUCCAGGUGGAAAAAUCAAAAUUGGAAACAGAAUUGUUAGAUUCCAAAACUAAGAAUUUGUCAAAAAUGUAUAACUUGCUGUUGAAAUGGAACACUCAGGAUGAAACGGUGAAAUCAGCUAUGAUUAAAUGGGCACAAGAUGUUGGACAUAGCAUAAUGAUGGGAACAGUUAUGGACCACAGGUAUGAAAUUCACGGCAUGUAAUGCCCUAAGAGAAAAUUUAAUGAAAAUGAUUUAUAGGUGGUACAUGACACCAGUCAAGCUUGCAAAAAUUUACCAUUUGCCCGACAAUAAAUGUUGGAAAUGUAAUGAGACUGAAGGUACAUUCUUUCACCUUUGGUGGACAUGCCCAAGGAUUAAGACAUUCUGGGAGAUGAUUUAUAACGAAAUGAAAAAGGUAUUCAAAUAUACCUUCCUGAAGAAACCAGAGGCCUUUCUCCUGGGCAUGGUCGGCCAAUUGGUGCCAAAGAAGGAUAGAACUUUUUUAUGUAUGCAACAACAGCAGCAAGAAUACUCAUCGCGAAGUAUUGGAAGACACAAGAUUUACCCACCCGGGAAGAAUGGCAGAUGAAGUUGAUGGACUAUAUGGAACUGGCGGAAAUGAUUGGCAGAAUCCGAGACCAGGGAGAAGAGUCGGUGGAAGAAGACUGGAAAAAGUUUAAAGACUAUUUACAGAAAUACUGUAAAAUUAAUGAAUGUUAGAAAAAUGUUGGAAUGAAGUUAUAUGGCUUUAGUAGAAAAGUUAUAAGGAAUUAAGUAUAAAUAGAUUAAUAGAGUAUUAAAGGAAAAAAUAAGGUUAGAAUGAGUUAAGAUAAUUAUAGGAUAGAAAACAGAGGAAGAUGGAAAGGAAUUGCUGAAAUAAUUAACAGAAGUGGAAUACAAAAAGGGAGGUGUGAGAAGGUCGUGGAAAUAAGUGAAUGAAAGAUGGGAUAAUGAAAUUGUUUGAUUUAUUUUAUUGCUUUUGUUUCGUUUUGUUAGUUUAAUGUAUUGUAUUGUCUUUUUAGUGUUUAAAUUUUUGGAAAAGCAAUAAAUAUUAUUUUAAAUAUAUAUAUAUAUAAUCAGCAGUUCUUUUCAUGAAAAGUUUCUUGAUCAUGUUGAGUAUUUAAAAAAUAAAAAAAUCAGUUUGGGGCCAUAGAGUAUUCUUCUGCUAAGCUGCAUAGGAAUGUUGAGUUGGCUCUGGCUAUGUAGCCUCAACUGUAAAACUGCAUUCUUUUUACAAGGUAAUGAAAGCAUCUAACUGAAGGCUUUAUUUGCUGAGGGAGAGCUUGGCUUAACAUUUUCCAAUAUGCCAGUGGUUAAACUGAUGAGAUAAUUUAAAAUGAGUCAUAUGUCUCUCUUGUAAAAUGGUGCUGCUAAUUGCAAAAGCAUGGAGUGAAUCCUUUCUAUCUGUUUAGUGUGCUUAUAAAACGGAGUAUUCCCACUGGAAGCAUAAAUGCUGAUCUGAUUAUGGCACCACCCCCACAAUUGAAACUUUAGAUUGACUAGUAAAAUCCUGUGGUGUGUGCUGCAGGAAAAGUGGGGGGGGGGGGGAGAGAGAGAUAAAAAGAAAGUAUUGUGGACUGCUUGAACUGUUCCAUCUCCAUUUACUUGCUUUUCUACCUAUGCUUCUAAAAGACAGACGAACAGCAACAAAAACGAACCAUUACUUUUCCAGUUCACAGUAGUAAUAAUAAUAAUAAUAAUAAUAAUAAUAAUUUAUUUAUACCCUGCCCAUCUGGCUGAGUUUCGUCAGCCACUCUGGGCGGCUCCCAAUCAAGUGUUAAAAACAGUACAGCGUUAAAUAUUAAAAACUUCCCUGAACAGGGCUGCCUUCAAAUGUCUUUUAAAGAUAGGAUAGCUGCUUAUUUCCUUCACAUCUGAAGGGAGGGUGUUCCACAGGGUGGGUGCCACUACCGAGAAGGCCCUCUGUCUGGUUCCCUGUAACCUCACUUCUCGCAAUGAGGGAACCGCCAGAAGGUCCUUGGCGCUGGAUCUCAGUGUCUGGGCUGAACGAUGGGGGUGGAGAUGCUCCUUCAGGUAUACAGGACCAAGGCCGUUUAGGGGUUUAAAGGCCAGCACCAACACUUUGAAUUGUGCUCAGAAACGUACUGGGAGCCAAUGCAGAUCUCUCAGAACCGGUGUUAUGUGGUCCCGGCGGCUACUCCAAGUCACCAGUCUAGCUGCCGCACAUGGCAGGAGCUUGGGGAAAACAUAGUUUCCCAGGCAAGGUAUUCCUAUUACAAGAGUAUAAGGAAAGCAAAGGAGGGCAAACAAGAAGAUCAAGGGCAUGGAAACCAAGCCUUAUGAGGAAUGGUUGAGGGAGCUGGGUAUGUUUAACUUGGAAAAGAGGAGGCUGAGAGGAGAUAUGACUCCCAGUGGCGAAGCUGCAUGCUCCGCUACUGGGGGCAGAGAGCAGGUGGGGGGUGUGGCUGGCACCCUCUGGGGGCAUGACGUGUGCCCCAGGGGUGUGACACGCCACCCACAGGGGCAUGGUGCACAUCCCAGGGGCGUGGUACGCCGCCCAUAAGGGCAUGGCGUGCAUUCUGGGGGUAUGACGAGCUGCUUGUGGGGGCAUGGCGCCCAGUGGGCGGGGGGGUGCACGGCGCAUGUCCGGGGGGGGGGCUACACGAUGGCACCCUACUGAAAUAGUGGUGCCGGGGGUGGUCCGCUCCCUCCGCAUUCCCGUUCCUCUGCCAGUGAUGACACCUAUCUUCAAAUAUCUCAAGGGCUGUCACAUGGAAGAUGGAACAAACUUGUUUUCUCCUGCUCCAGAGAGUAGGACUUGAAUCUAUGGAUUCAAGUUACAAGAAAGGAGAUUUCAGCUAAGCAUCAGGAAAAACAUUCUGACGGGAAGAGCUGUUUGACAGUGGAAUGGACUCCCUCAUGAUUUUUGUGGGCUUGUUUUCCAGGCUGAUUCUUUGAAACCCUGAAUCUAACUUUUUAAAACACUGAGGGCUUAUCCACGGUUACCUUUCCCCCACUCUUUCCAGGCAGAGUUCUGCACUGAUGCUCCAUGUCCAAGCAUUUGUUCUGUAUGUUUUGCUUUUGCCAUGAGCUUUCCCUGAAAACCCCCCCACUCUUUUAAGAUGAAUUGGAGCAAACAUCAAAUCAGGUUUUCCAAGAGUUGCCAUUUGCUCCAACUGAGCUUUAAAGAGCAGGUUUUCAAAAGGGGAGGGCUUGAACAUGGACUUCUAAAUUGUGGACCAUGCCUGGAAAGAAGAGAGGAAAAGUGUGGAUAAGGCCUGAGUCAGCAAGGGCAAAUUCAGCCUGGGUUGACUAGGAAAAGCUGAUAUAGAUGAGAAAAUAUGAACAGUAAAAUAGUCAGAAGAGAUGAUCCUCACUCCAGUUUGUCAGAGAAAAUAUUGACCUGAAGUUAGGUCCAGUGAAAUGACUGCAAAGUGGUUCAGACGUGGUAAUUCAGCAUUACUAUAUGUUCUUUGUUAAAUAUCCUCUUCACAUGCAAAUAUAUAUAUUUUGUAGGUUCCUUCUGAAUCUGAAUUUCUGAGGUUCACUUUUGUUCCUUCGUUUGGAAGGCUUCCAACUCAGUUCUACAUCGCCGAUGCCACAACAUUUCUUGCAGAGGGACUUGUGGAUAGAAACUCUCGAGAAAUUACUGGGCACAAGGUAGGGUUUUUUUCUUUUUUAUAUUUUCAUACUGAUUUAUGUUUGUGCGGAGACAGUCUUUCAAACUGUCUUGAAAUAGGUUGGCUGCCAUCUGCACAGGUCCUCUUUGCUUGUAAUCUUUACUGUUUACAAGCAAUAUCAACUGCUGUUAUUUUCAGGUUGGAUUCACUCACAUGCCAGCAAACCUAGUUUUGUAAUUAAAGUUUAUUUGGUGCUGUAGUGCAACAGACCCACUUUCUGAAACCCCCCCCCCAAAAAAAAACCUGGACAUUUUGUGAAAAGCAAACAGGUGGGGAAAUGUACUGCAAAGUGUAGGAUAACUGUGAUUGAUUUAAUGUCAAAAAACAUCUCCAUAAUCAAAUCAGAUGAAUGCUCAAUAAAUCAUGGAAGUCAUCUAACCCUCCCCACAAACUUUGUGCAAACAAAUUAUGACAAAAUGCUCAACUUGUGGGUUUCCUGGAAGUCAUCUUUAUGUCAGCACUGCAUUAAUGUUUGAACCUUCUUCAAAAAUGGGCCUUCUGGUGGUUCUCUCAUUGCGAGAAGUGAGGCUACAGGGAACCAGACAGAGGGCCUUCUCGGUAGUGGCGCCCGCCCUGUGGAACGCCCUCCCAUCAGAUGUCAAAGAGAUAAAUAAUUACCUGACAUUCAGAAGACAUCUUAAGGCAGCCCUGUUCAGGGAAGUUUUUAAUAUGUAACGCUGUACUGUUUUUAACACUGAUUGGGAGCCGCCCAGAGUGGCUGGGGAAACUCAGCCAGAUGGGCGGGGUAUAAAUAAUAAAUUAUUAUUAUUAUUAUUAUUAUUAUUAUUAUUAUUAUUAUUAUAGCUUUGGCUGCAUUAUAGCUGUCCUUUGUUCUUCAUCACACCUUGAUGACAUCACAACCAGCCAGGAGGGAUAGGGAAAGCCUGCCCAUUUCAGCUCACCUUUGGGAAGCAUAUCCAGCUCGUAAAUUCUUUGGCAACCAGUCACCUGUACUCUCUUUAGUCUUGCAAAGAGACGCUUAACAGAAUUGCCUAGAGCCACUAACUUAACAGAGACAGCUUUGACCAUUUGGGCAUUCUCAUUUUCUACAGAACCCAGUUUUACAGAUAUAAAACCACAGGCUUGGAGGGGGACCCCUAAAAUGACAUCAAUACUAAUCCCAAUCCUAUAGCAAUGUUCUGUAAGUAUGCUCUGCUGGAUUAAGCAGAAUGUCUUUCCAAUCAUGCCUUCAGUUGUGCUCUUUAAAUCCCCAAUGGAGGUGACUUUAAGGAGUGCCGACUCUGUUUCUCCAAGCCAAUGUAUUUACACAAGAAGUUCCUAGGAGGUAUUCCUGAACGAGCACAAUGUGUACUAGGGUUAAGUGUACAGUACUUAAGAGCUAUUCCCCUGUGGAGUCCUACCUUGUGAAACAAGCUAAGACAUUGUAUUUGUGGUUUAAAAUAUAUGGUGCCUUGUUGGGGACAGCCUCCAGUCUCUAAUUCAGGAGCCACAGCAAAGCUGUUUCUGGCAUUUGAGGGGUUAAUGGCCAAAACCUGCAGGACCACUGAAUGGGUCCCUGUAACAAAACAAUGGUGCUUUGUACUAAAAUGCCCACCCUUAACAAGUACAGUCAAGCUCCCUGACUGCAAAUCCUUUUGUUUUGUCUGCUCAGAGAAUGUCCUGGUUUUGAAGUCUUUUUGUGGCUUCAAUGUCUAUAUGGGGCUUUGCCCCAGAUUUUUCCCUCUGAGCAGCGUGGGAGCCAGUCUUUUGGUUUCGUGCAGCCCACAGCCAGAACCCAGUCUCCGCCGUGCCUGCUUUAAAGGGGUCUCGUAGUCCAUUCUGCUCGAAUGCACCUGCCUCCACCCCAGUUCCUUUAUUGCUCCUAAUAAAAUGUGAACGAUUUCUUCUGGAGUCUACCCUCCUCAUUGUUUUGGUGCUGCUUGAAAGCGACAAGUGUCUUCCCUUGUAUCAGGCCAUAUUUAUGGGAAAGUGUGUUGAGGGAAGAGGAAAGUCACCAACAGUGGAAAGCUCAUUAUGUCAACAAUACAAGCCCCACUUUCUUUGUCUGUGACCCUCCCCAUCUUUUCUGGUGCCUGAGACGUUGGACAUGUUUUCCAAUGCACUGUAACAUUAGCUUGUAGUACAAAUUCUUAAUUCUUUGGCUGGUAAAGAAAAUGAGCUUAUGAAAGUAAAACAAUUGACCCAAGUCUGGUUUGUUUUUGUUAUUUUACAAUAGGCCGAAGCAGUUCCUGGAGGUCAGGCCGUAGGAAGUGGAAACAAGGGAAACGGCGGCUCUGCCAGUUGCACAAACAGUCGCCACAAACUUUUCCAAGCCAAAGAUCACAAGUCAAGCAGAGGGGAAAUGGAAGGGGAUGACCUUUUCAAAGCUGAAUUUGUCUUCAUUACGGACUCGGAUGAGGACAAAAACACUCCCCUAGGCAACGGAUAUGGACAUGGAAGAUCUAAGGGUCUGGAUGCAUCCUGUUUGUCUCCGAGGGAUGAAUCCAGAGGACAUCCGACAGCCCCACAGUUACCACUGCAUACUGAGAUCUCUUACAGUUCUGUCAGCCAACAGAAACAGUCUCAGGUAUCUUGUUUUCCUAAUUGUGAGCAUGCAUGGGAAAGGAAAUAUUGCCAUCUCUAUGAAAACCUGUCUGUUUGUACUCUUCUUGGUUAGACUUGCUGUUUAUUCGUUACCCUGCUCAAUUACGAAUUAGUCCCUCCUGUAUUUUCUUGCCUUCCAUGGCUGAGAGAAGUUGCUUGUCUAGUGGAGGAGAUUGGUGUGGUGGUGGAAAAAGCACAUGGCACUGCAACAUUUUUUGUACUUCCUUUUUUUUUUUUAAAUGAUAUUUAUUGAAAAAAGAUUUUUUUAAAAAAAUUACAAAGAAAAAAGACAAAACAGAAAAAGAAAAAGAAAAAAUAAAACCAUCAUUUUCAAAUUCUCCACUUUCAUUACCUUCUUUCUAUGACCUCCUCCUCCUCCCUUUUCUUGUAUCUUGAUUAAUAGUUGUCACAGCAAAUCCUUUCCAUAAUUCAUAGUAUUCUGUCAUUACAUUACCUUACUCUAUUUUCAUCUUAUCUUAUAAAAACCUUAAAGCUUAAGACUUAAAUCUUAUUUUUACCAACUUCUCAUAACCAUUACCUUUUUACCUAAUUCUUUAAACAUUUUUACAAGAGCCAAGUAAUUUCAUUUCAACAUUUUCCUAACAUUCAUCAAUUUUAUAAAACAUUCCUAAUGAUAGAAAAAAGAAAUAAGAACAAUCCAAUCUUCUUCCAGCGUCCCUUCCUCCUGGUCCUGGGUUUGUCAGUCCUUUUUAUCCCAUUAGUCUGGCACAUUAACCUGGUGAUCUUAUAUCCGAGGCCUUCAAGUCUCUUCCAUGUCCCUUCCGCAGCUCUUCUUCAUAUUUUCCUUUCACUCGUGGGAACUCCAGCUUGGUAGUGUUUUUGACCCUUUUCAACAAAUCAGCCCCUUUCCCAUAAUCCAGACUAGACUCCAUGUGGUAUUUUAAGACAUGUUUCAAAUUCCCUCCAAAAUUGGGAGCCCCCACAGCUCCAAACAUCUGACGGCCCAUUGCCAGACUCGGAAAGUCCAAACAUCUCUGCAUAGGGGGGUCAGUCCAACCCCCCAUUUCCAAAUCAACCCAAACUUUAUCUUUCCAAAUCUGGUUUUUUCCAAGUUCAUUUGUCAAAUCCAAAGGCUCAUUUUCCUGCAGGGCCAAAAGUUCCUCCCUUUCUGGCGCCCAAGAUUCAGCAACAUCCUCUUCUCUCAACUGUUCUGUCAUGGCACACUCCUGUUUAAAUUCCUGAGUGGGCUCCAUAUAGUUUCCCACUACCUGUUCUAAUGUUCUGGCCGCAUUAGUCAUCAAAUCCGUCUUCUGGCUUAACUGAUCCAAUAGGGCAUUUAUUUUACAGAAAGCACCCAACAGUGCUUCUGAAAACAUUGUCCUGCAAGGUCACAAGUCCUUUCCCACGGUUGUAAUCUGUGGCAGCUGCAAGCUCCCUAGAAUUAGUUACAGUUUCACAGUCCCCCUCUAGGGGGGAAACUUCUGGUUGUUCUUUCUUUUAAAGACAAUAGCAACAAAGUUUCUUUUUUUUAAAGAUAUUUUGUCAAUAUUUGUUCCUUUAAAAUGCGAAAGGAAACAGUGGAAUCACAAUGUUACUCUUCUUUUAACUGUCUGUCAAAAACAUUUGUCUCUGGUCAAUGAGCUUCAAACGUCAAUUCUGACACCCUGCUCCAGCAUCAGGACGGUGGAAAGUUACUUUACUUUAAACUCACUUCUGCAGGUUUAAACAGUCCAAAAAAGAUCCCCCUUCUUCUCCUGCUACCGAAGGGGGGUUCAACGAUUUUAAAUGGUGAAAACCAAUCCUUUGAAAGUGAUUUUCUAAGCUCUGGUUUACGUUGUCUUUGCUUUCUUCUGACUACAAGGAAAUGGAAGGCUGACUUCCUGUUUAGACCUUCCCGUUUCAGUACCAAAUUAAGGUAAAUUUUUAAGUCCAAUUCGUUUCUAAUCGCCAGUUCUUAUUUGAAGUCCAAUUGUUCAAUGUUUAAGUACAGUGGUGCCCCGCAAGACGAAUGCCUCGCAAGACGGAAAACUCGCUAGACGAAAGAGUUUUCUGUUUUGGAGGUGCUUCGCAAAACGAAGCUCCUAUGGGCUUGCUUCGCAAGACGAAAAUGUCUUGCGAGUUCCUGCGGUUUUUUCCCCCUUUCCCCCCCUUUUUCUAAGCCGUUAAGCCGCUUAUCUGCUUAUCCGAUAAGCUGAUAAGCCGCUAAAAGCCGCUAAAAGCCGCUAAUAGCGCUAAUAGCGCUAAUCCGCUAAUCCGUCAAUGGGCAUGCUUCGCAAGACAAAAAAACCGCUAGACGAAGAGACUCACAGAACGGAUUCUUUUCGUCUUGCGAGGCACCACUGUACUCACGGGUGAUUAUUUUAGAUGCCAAAUUGUCCCAGGAAAAAGGCAGCGCUCUCCGGCAACGGCUAUGCGGCUUCGCUCCACGGAAAAAGCAAUUGACUCACAGCACCGCGCCACUUCCCCCUCUUCGCUUCGGAGCCCGUUAGUGGGUUCCUUUGCGGGUUGGGGGUGCUAAGGGUGCCCGCCGAGUCCCACGGUCACAGGCUUCAUCCGCCUGUGAUUUCUAAAAGGGUCCCCGCUUCGCCGCAGCGGAAAAGACCCGUUUUGCGCGGAGCUGGUCCCUCCGGUUCAGAGGGAGUCCGCCAUUGCCGAUGGCGCCACCCCGGAAGUCCCAUUUUUUGUACUUCCAAUGACACUUUGCAGUUAUGGCAAAUGGGAGUAGUCCAGCCUUCACCAAGCUGGUAUCCUUCAGGUGUUUUGGACACUCAUCAGCCCCUACCAGCAUGGCCAGUGGCCAGAGAUGGUGGGAUUUAUAGUCCAUAAUAUCUGGAAAUCACCACUUUGGAGAAGGUUGGUGUAGACUGUUACUAUACCACUUCACCUAAUGAUGGCUGAAACAACACUUAACCUGAGCACACAUUCUACUUAGGACUAUUUUACAGAUGACAAAAAUCCUCUCUCUCUAUAUAUAUAUAUAUUUGGGUAGGGGCCAUUAAGGAAACAAAGGAAGGGAAGGGCUGUUGCUCAGUAGCACAGCACAGGCUUUAUAUCCCAAAGAUCCCAGGCUCAAUCUCUGCCAUUUCUAGGAAACUCUGGUAAAGAUUCCUAUCUGAAACACUCUAGAGCCACUGGCACUCAGUGCAGACUAUGCUUCAUGGACCAAUAUAAGGCAACUUCGUAAUUCAUUUUGACGUAGGAAAUUGCAACUCUCUUGCGUGCGGAUCAUCAUGUGUAAAUUGCUUCCUAGUGUGUGCAAACAAAAAAUUCACAUGACUUAUUUGAAUAUGAGAUUUGCUGGCAUUCUGUGUAGGCAUUGAGUGAAGUGUGAAGCAUCCUACAGAUCAAUGAACAACUGUGACUGCUUUUAGUCUCACAGUAUUACUCUGAAGCAGCCAGAACUAUUCACUGGACCAAGCAGUCUGGGAAUGUCAUCAACAAAACUAACUUUUGCUGAUAAUCAUGGGCUGGAUCCAGCGGUUCCCUUCCUCUAGUGGAAGAAGCUGGAUCCAGUACCAAAUCUCCAGGCUUCUUCAUACGUUAUGUUUUUUAGAUUGCUGUACACCUACGUUUAUUUUUAACUGUAGACAUGAAAUGGUAAACGAUGAAUGUGGCAAGCAUGUGUUGGUAAACACGGGGACUGUAUUAACCAUACACACUUGUUUCAGAGUUGAGAUUGGCUGCAGAUCUGUCUCAAAUCCAUUUGGGGGGGCUGCCUAACUUGUGGCACUGUAACUUGUAAAAUAAAGAUUUUGAGGGGGUGGGGAAUGUUUCAAAUGUAGUUAGUAGACUCGUACCUUAUCUGCUUUGAGAUAUAUGUGUAAGGAUUGCUUCCUAUAGACCAGGACUCUUGCAUCUUGUGUCUACUUUGUUUUUUGUUUUCGUUUUUUGGAAACCUGAGGUUCAUCAUUGAGAGCUGGGUGCAAAAUUGGGUCUCAGCUGAGCAAACAUACAGUAAGAAUUAAAGGACAGGGUGCUUCUGAACACAUGUCCAAGCCAAGAUUUGUGAUCAGCACCAGAACCAAGUGUACAAUCUCUCUCUCUCUCUCUCUCUCUCUCUCUCUCUCUCUCUCUCUCUCUCACACACACACACACACACCCCAUUCCUGGUUGCCCCUUUAAAAUUCAUUUUUCAACAACAUAAUUUACGAGCAGAACAGCUUUGUGGUUGUUCCUAAUGUCAAAAACUCUUGCUGAUUUACUGAAAAUCAAUACCCCUCACCACCCCAGUUAAAGGCCAUAGGUUGUUUAAAUAAUUAAAGGCCUGGGAGAAGAUAAAUGUUUUUGCCUGGUGCCUAAAGAUAUGCAAUGAAGGCACCAGGUGAGACUCCCUGGGGAGAGCAUUCCGCAAGUAGGGACCACCACAGGCCUCUUGUGGAGGAGGCACACAAAGAAGGGCCUCCGGUGAUGAUCACUGGGUCCAGGGUUGGUUCAUAUGAGAAGAGGUGGUCCUUAAGGUGUUACGGUUCUGAGCUGUUUAAGACUUUCUAUGUCAAAAACAGCACUUUGAAUUGGGCCCAGAAAUUAAUUGGCAGCCAGUGCUAUCGGGCCAGGAUAGGCGUCAUAUGCUCAAACUGUCUUUCAGCAGUGAGCAACCUGCCCACUGAAUUCUGCACCAAACUAUCUUCAGAUGCAACCCCACGUUUAACGCAGUAAUCUAGCCUAUAGUAGAGCAUAGAUGACAAUAGGUAGGCUGUCCCUGUCUAGACAGGGGUGCAGCUGGGCCACCAACCAAAACUGAUGGAAGGCACUCUGCACCACGGAGGCCACCGGAGCCACAAGCAACACAAAUGGACCCAGGCAUACCCACAAGCUGCACAUCCACUCCUUUUAGUAUUAUUCAGCUGCACUUUACCUGGAGUCAUUCUUAAAUGUAUAAAAUGCUGCUUAUAUUGUGCUCAGCCAACCAAGAAGAACCUUACUCUUUUAGAGAACUCUGUAUAUAUGGAAUUCCAUAUAUAUAUAAUAGGUACUAGUUUGCAUCCCAUGCCAGUGGGUUAGUCAUGAUUAAUAAUAAUAAUAAUAAUAAUAAUAAUAAUAAUAAUAAUAAUUUUAUUAUUAUACCCUGCCCAUCUGGUUUCCCCAGCCACUCUGGGUGGCUUACAGCAUAUAUAAAACAUAGUAAAACAUGUUAUACUGUAUAUGCUGGUGUGUGUGUGUGUGUGUGUAUGAGAUUUGUAAGCUGUUAGAGAAUCCCUCAAGCAGCAAUUGUUUUCAUGGGUAAAGUGUUUAGCCAGAUGGUGCUAAGGAAUGUGCUUGGUGUCUUCAAGCCAGGACACAGCAAUGCUUAUGUCUUCACAUCAACUUCUUGGGGAGAUGUGCAUGUAUAACUGUGAGCCCAUUUGCAGCCAUUGGGUCCCUUUGCAAUUCCACAUAACACCAAGGUGUCUGCUAAUAAAAUCCUUCGUGGGUUUGCAUUUUAAAAACCUGAAGCUUUUUACAUCUUCUGUUUACAACCCACAGUUGUGAAUGGCAUUUAUUAUUAUUAUUACUAUUUGUGGGAAAGGGGGGGACAAAUUAGUAUUGAAUCUAGAACACUGAUAUCUUUCUUUUAUGUAAAGCAAAGUGCCAACAAAUUAUGUGCAUGGAUUAUUUAAUAUUAAAUAGCAAUCUCUUAGCAAUGCAGCACACAAUAUAAUCACUGGUAAUUAAAGGAGGUGUUAUGCUGUUAAAGCACAUGGCAGAUGUAGUGAAUGGAAAUAGGAUGCAUAAUUUGAAGAACAUCAUGGUUGCUGCUCUGUAUUAACAUUUCUUUUUCUUUUCCCCUCUCCAGUUAACUUCUCCUCUGUCUACCUCUGAUCAUCCUUCUUAUAAGCCACUUGUUGCUCAUUUGCUUUUUCCAACUAACCUGACGGUAGAACAGGACCCGUCUCCCGCUGUCCACCAAGCCUCUUCUCUUCAAGAAUCCCACAGCCAAUGGCAGUCUGCAAAUGGGUCCUCUGUGCGCCAGACAUCUACCUAUUUACAGUCUACUGCUUCUUACAGCCUCCCUUCUCCCAUAUUGCAAAGACCUUCUUUCCCAAGUCACAGCCUUUCAGAUGGGGCUCAGUUGCCCAGUGGUCUCCAGGCUAGGAAUCUUCCCCAGAAAUAUGAGCUCACCUCAUCCCCUUUAUCAAGCAAAGACUCGUGCCCUUCUUCCCCACAGGCUCACAGUUCAGCAGACACGCUUCAGAGCUCAUCCCCUCAGGCCGCUUCUCCUCUCCCGCCCAAGAGGUUUGCCCCCUUGUCUGUGGUUCCCAUCUAUAUCAUGACACACUUAUUAUCCCCUAGUCCAAAGCCUCUGUCUUCUCCUCUUCAUGGUUCCUCCUCCACCAUCUAUAGUGUCAACAACCCCGGCAGCCAAAUGUCUUCCAGUGGGAACCUUCUGAAAUCCGGAACUAAGUCGCCACUACCAACCAGACUCUCUCUUCUGACUGCUAUUUUGAAGUCAGGAUCCACUCCGAAAAGACCCUUUUCUCCUGCAUCUUGCCCUGCUACGUUUUCUCCCAAUUCCCUGGGCUCUUCAACGCUGGCAAUAGACCAAAAGUUUAAAAUGACCCCACCGACCCCUAAGAAAGCUGCCUCAGAGUAUUCAAUUAGGUCCGCCUCUCCAAGUCAAGAGGAAUUUCGUCUUUCGGUGUUUUCUACCGUGCCCAAUCGCAUGGCCUCAUUUUCAAAAUCCAGCCCUACUCUUAGAACCAGGUCCCCGUCUCCUAAAAAGCACCUUGACACCAGGGCGCUUUCCCCUGACAAAUUGCGCCCUUUGUCGCCCACCAUUUCUUCCUAUAGAAAAACAGUUGUGUCUCCUCUGUUACAGUCGAAAUCUCCCACUUUCUCCUUGCCUCCCCACGCCCCUAGGAAAGGGGCCCACUCUCCUGCCCACAAAGCCCGAGGGCCUGAAAAGUCUAAGAAGGUGCAUACCUAUUCCCCCACUUUUACUGCUAAGUCCUAUCCACUGUCUCCUCCCGGUGUUAGCCAAAGGGACGCCGUUUCCCCCACUGCAGACAAGGGCUCUCUCUCUCCAACCGUAAUACAUUCUAGCUGCCGGUCAAAUGGAUGUUUACCGCAAGCCAUUGUUAAGGACCCAGCUAUCAAUUCGCCAGGUCUUUCACCUCAUUGGCAAACUUCUCAUACAGAUUCGACUUCACCCACUCCUCCAGGCUAUCGUAUUAAAGCCCCUUCUCCACACAGAGAGUCCUCUGUUCAUUCAAACUUCCGAGCUUGCCCUCCAUCUUCAAGACCCAGGACCCCAACAGUACCACAGCACAGAUCUCCUGCCACGGUGCGCUCACCUUGUUCAUUGUUGUCAGGAUCCAGGGAGGUGACUUCACCACUGUCUUUCUCUCUGCCUUCUGCCUCUGAGAAUAAGAAGCCCCAGGUAUUCAAUAUUUGCUUGCCUGCUUGCUUGCUUGCUUGCUUGCUUUCAGGGAUGGGAGAGUCCAUCCAGUUUGGUUGUUUCGGUGUCUCAUUUUCCCGGACUUAAAUUAAGUUAUCCACAUUAUGCAGCAAUUAGCAUUUUUUAUAUAUUUUUUUAAAAUCCUCAUGGAAAUCACCAGCAUUUUAGCACUAAUUUCUUCUAAUAAUCACAUGUAGUUUGACACAUUUUUGCAAGCAAUUUAUCCUAAUGCUUCUUUGCAUGUUAUUUUACUAAUACGUCCAGUUUUAUGCCUACUUUCCACUAAUAGACGCAUUUUUGUAAACACUGGUUGGAGAACAGCACUGCAAAAUUUGGAGAAGUGUGACAUAACUGUGUUUCGGUUUGCAUGUGGCUUGGAAUAAAUGGAAAUGUGAUAGAUUUGGCUUUAAAUGUGCACUGAAUCGAAUUUCUCCUCCAUCCCUACUAGCUUCCCUGCUGGUCUUCCCUUUCUUCUCCACUGCAGGAAAAUGGUGCCCAAAGAAUGAAAAAGAGAGAGAAUCAAAGUUCUGAGCGAUAUCAAUUAUAUCUUUGAUAAUUGAGAUAAUCCUCAUCCAGCAAUGUUUUCCAAGCACCUUGAGCCAAAGUAUAGAAAAACUUUGCAUAGGAGCAGUGAGGGAGCCAAGCUAACUGCUGGUAUCAAAUUGUUCAAGGUGGUUGAAACAAAAAGAUAUUGUGAGGAGCUCCUAAAGGUUCUCUUGAAACUGAGUGGGUGGGCAGGAAACUGGCAAAUGCAAUUCAGUGGCCUGGUUUGCUCAUCACAGUAUGGCUUCCCAUGACUGUGUGAAUAUGCCACCUCCCAGAGAUGCAGGGUAGAACCUUGUUUGUUCCUCCCUGGGUGUGGGGUGGCAGCUAAGCCAAGGUUUAGCUCAGCUCAGAUUGUGGUUAAGGUCUCUCUUCCUUCACCAUGAUCUAUCACCCUAGAGUAAACCUUUAUAGCGACUUUCUCCCUCCACCAUAUGCCUCUGAAUACCAGUUGCACCAGUUGCAGACCAGAUGAGCUGCUGGCCUGAUCCAACAGGGGUCUUCUUAGGUUCUUCUCAAUAUCUUUGACUAAAUGAAAAUAAUGCAGGCCCUCAUUAUUUUGCAUACAUGGCUUGUACCACUGAUGAAGGAACGGUAUAUGCAUCCGAGUACCCAUGAAUUAGGGACGCAAAUGGCACUGUGGGUUAAACCACAGAGCCUAGAACUUGCCGAUCAGAAGGUUGGCGGUUUGAAUCCCCGUGACGGGGUGAGCUCCCGUUGUUCAGUCCCAGCUCCUGCCAACCUAGCAGUUCGAAAGCACGUCAGAGUGCAAGUAGAUAAAUAGGUACCGCUCUGGUGGGAAGGUAAACAGCGUUUCCGUGCGCUGCUCUGGUUCGCCAGAAGCAGCUUAGUCAUGCUGGACACAUGACCCGGAAGCUGUACGCCGGCUCCCUCAGCCAAUAAAGCAAGAUGAGCGCUGCAACCCCAGAGUCGGUCACGACUGGACCUAAUGGUCAGGGGUACCUUUACCUUUACCUUUAUCCAUGAAUUUCUGCAUCAUAGGAUAACUGUAUUUGUGGUUUUGACACCACAUGUCAUUAACAGUGUGCACCAGAUUGCUCAGCAACUACUUUUAAGGCUUUGUUUCAAAAUCCCUUCAGUUGAACCGGUGACCAUUUACAUACACGAAAUCUUUUGGCAUUGUUGGCACACGUUCCAGCUUGUUAAAAAGAGAACUUUCCCCCCUUUCUGCUUUGUUCACGAUAGAAUGACAGUUCUAAUCUGUACUCAUCAGUAAGUGGAAAUAACCAUGAGCUGCUCUGGAUUAAUUAAUUUUGAAAUUGAAUUUUUUGUGUGUGAUGCAACCUGUUUUCUGAAGCAAGUAGGGCAUUGUCUUCAAUCCCACUUUUCAAUCCAAUCAAUUGCAGCACAAUUCAAACUUGCAUCAACAAUAGGCUGAUUUGCACAUGCUGUUGAUGGAUAUUAUAAUUAUUGUUGGCGGGAACUAACUUUGUGGCUGGUUCCAUAGAAAUAGCUUUAAUCAAAUUCAAUUAAAAAUGCAGCAGUUGUGUUACUGGAUACAAAUAUUUAUAAACCAUUGUCCAUAUAAAUCUCAAGCAUGGUUCAUUUUGUGAGGAAGUGUUUCCCCACACAAAAGCAGAGCAUGCCUUCUUAAAGGCUGCUAAUAAUUCAUGGCCUGCUAUUACUACAGUCAUCUCACUGUGCAAGGGAUUGAAAAGCAUGUGAUUCUAUGCAGUUUGCACAAAAUGCUUGAAUAGAUUUUGCAGACAUACAGGACAGAAGUCUUUCUGCCACAUUCAUGUGUGUGCACACACAGACACACACAUGUGGCUACCUGCAAAAUAAAUAUGCUGUAUGUGCAGCCCACAAUUCUCUCACACAUCUUAUGUGCAUUCCAUAAAUCACUUUAGUGCAUGGACAUCCACAGUGGAGUAGUGGGCAGGCGAGGGCAGUUGCCCCAUGCAUGGUUUAACCAUAAUUCCCAGAUUUUCUUUUUUUUAAGAUAGGAAGUAAAUUUCUACAUUUGUAGAACCUGAUAUAUGAGGCAAAACAGACAGGUAUCAUUCAUAUUUUUGUGAGAAAUUAGCAUGUCUUAAUACAUGGACUUAGGGGACGCAGGUGGUGCUGUGGUCUAAACCACAGAGCCUAGGGCUUGCCGAUCAGAAGGUCAGCGGUUCAAAUCCCCACAAUGGGGUGAGCUCCCAUUGCUCGGUCCCAGCUCCUGCCCACCUAGCAGUUCGAAAGCACAUCAAAGUGCAAGUAGAUAAAUAGGUACCGCUCCAGUGGGAAGGUAAACGGUGUUUCCAUGCACUGCUCUGGUUUCGCCAGAAGUGGCUUCGUCAUGCUGGCCACACGACCCGGAAAAACUGUCUGUGGACAAACAUCGGCUGCCUCGGCCAGUAAAGCGAGAUGAGUGGCGCAACCGCAGAGUCGUUCACGACUGGACUUAACUGUCAGGGGUACCUUUACCUUUACCUUUAACACAUGGACUUAUGUUUCAUGAAUAAACAGCAUCUCUCAUAGGAUUGGUAUUUUGAGUGCAUGGAACUGCUCUCUAGAACAUUGUGCCUUCAGAACUUCUAAUGAGAGUCAUGGUUUCAGGGGAACAGCUUAUUGGGAGGAACACGGCGGAAAUCCUCAUCAAAUAACACAUUUAUUCAUAGAAAGAAAGAAAAAUAAUAAUUUGAUGCCAGCUUUAUUGUUAUGAGUCACUGACAACUCUACGCAGUGCAAAUUCAUGAGCUGUCAAAUCCAGUUUGUCCCUUAAGAGUUUCUCUAAUCUGACUCUGAUAACUCUGCAUCCCAUGAUGCUAGGGUAAAGACACUGGGGGAGGAGAAUUGGGGGGAAGGAAUAGACUAUGAGGAAUUAAGAAAAUGAAACUUUGUAUUUUAAUCCUUCCUGGUGUGUCAGAAAGAAGUUCCAAAGCAGUGAUUUGGAAGGAAAAGUGUUUUCUUGUGCAUUGUAACACUGACUGUUUGGACCAUGUGUGUCACAUGCCAAGAAAAGCACAGGAACUUACAGCAGGGUAAAGGUAAAGGUACCCCUGACCAUUAGGUCCAGUCGUGACUGACUCUGGGGUUGCGGUGCUCAUCUCGCUUUAUUGGCCGAGGGAGCUGGCGUACAGCUUCCGGGUCAUGUGGCCAGCAUGACUAAGCAGCAAACCAGAGCAGCACACGGAAACACCAUUUACCUUCCUGCUGGAGUGGUAUCUAUUUAUCCAUUUGCACUUUGACAUGCUUUCAAACUGCUAGGGGGGCAGGAGCUGGGACAGAGCAACGGGAGCUCAACCCAUCGCAGGGAUUCGAAUCGCCAACCUUCCGAUCGGCAAGCCCUGCUGUCGCUAUUUUUGGGUGGGAUUCAGUCACAUACUGGCAAAUUCGGGUUGACCAAAUAAUGUUCAUUUGGACCCCUUACACAGCAAACCUGCUUUCCUAAGAGAUCAGAGUUUUUGCACUAAGGAAAAUGAUGGGGAGAUGCACUGGAAAGUGAAAGUCAUAUAGACUCCCCACAAACAAAUCUGAAUGGAUGCUCAUUAAAUAGUUAUCUAAGCUCCCUGCAAAUCAGUUGUGAUGAGUGCUCAAUAUACAGGUUGUCUGGAAAAGUGUUCCUAGUGUGUUUACCUUUUCCUUGGGAGUGAAAUUGAUUAGAUGAAAAGGUGCUUGCUAUCUGGUCCAAGGGACUUCACCACCGUCUAGCAAACAGAGCUAAGGAAGGCAACUGCAAGUCAGAAUGGAGAAAGUCACAAAUAGGCCUCUCCACCCUCCACCUCCACUUCAGUGGUUGUCUGUGUCUCAGCUCCAUUAUAUUUGUAUUAUUAUCAAACUACCAGUGUUGGCUCUCUUUGCAAAGCAAAGAGUUAUCGCUAUUGCUCUGUGAAAGUGAUCACCUGUCUUUAUCUGGAGCGGUCUUCACUGACCCUGUCAGCAAAAGGGCAUCCUUUCACACAUGUGGGCUGCAUGGAUUGUAUUUGCAGCAAAGCAUAAAAUGAAUAUUGUGUGCACCCUAAUAGACAAAUGAAUGCAUGCCAAUGAAUAGUGAAAUGAAUGUGUGAGCUAGUGUUCUAUAAAAGUCAGAACAACAUAUUCACACAGCAUGUAAGCCCCCUUAAUGUUGACAAUAUUUACAGUUGAGAUUUUAAUGUAUAAUAUGUUUUCUUUUUCCAUUCUCACCGCCCCCUUUUGUUUAUGAUUUGUAGUCACACAAGAUCAAGACAAGCUACAAGGCUUUUGCAGCAAUCCCUACAAACACGCUACUUCUCGAACAGAAGGUUAGUUUAUUGAAAAAACCUAUUCCAGUGAUAGUGGUAAUUUUAUAAUUAGGAGUAGCUUGAUAAAAUCACUUAUUUGGGGUACCAAAACAUAUGACCAAUGCUCUGCUGUUUGUGGUAGAUGAUUGCCAGCUGUUUAGCCCUAAGCGUUGAUAGUCACUCUAAACUACUGGCUACAUUUACAGAGCAUCCAUCCUCAGGGAUACUUGCCACCAUUUGUGUGUGCUGUCUUGAAGAACUGGAGGUCCAGAUUGGUUUCUGUUAAUCUUUCUAAGGAGCUUAACAUUACAAUAAUCCAGGUUCCCCACCAUAAGAAUUCUGUUUGGAACCCUGGACAGAGGCAAAUUUGGGAGAGCGCAUCUGGUUCACUUGCACUGGGUGCCACAACAAUGACAAACAAUGGAAUGUGAGAGGAAGUGGAGCACCACAUUUUGGUGAAAUGUUAAAGCCUGAAGUCUUUCACUGCCCUGGGGAGCCCCUGCCAUUCAGCAUAGCCAGUGUUGUGCUAGAUGGGCAGGAUGACUAGGUUCAGAGCAAAAGCAGCUUCAAGUGUCCCUAUGGGAGAAAGUAAACAUCAGUGUACAUGCUCCCUCUAGAGGACAGGUGGGCACAGUGCAUCAGAACGGCAGCAUGACUAAGAACCAGAAGUCACAUUGGUUGUGGCCAGGCCCUUGGAUCUCUCUCUUGAUUGUGGAACCUGGCUGGGAGAAAUUAGCUUAAAGUAAACUCAUGUUUUCCUAAAUUUACUCCUUAGAUUCUACUGCUUCUACAAAUGUGUGCAUGGAGAUUAAGAUUAUAAUACUACAAGUGCGGUUUAUUAUUAUUUUUGUUGUUGUUCCCCUGCGGUACUUUGCAAAAUGAGUUGGGGUUACGGUAACAGCUGAUUUGACGGAAUUCUUUUCUUUGGGACUUUGUAUGCAUGUUGCUUAGGGUGCUUGGACAGAUGGGUGCAAUCUCAACAAAAGAAAGAAACAGGUUAACAAAUGAAUAAAAUUUGCAUUGUAGUUCUGCCUUUGUUUUUUAUUUUUCCAAUGCUGCCUUGAUCUCAGAAUAAUUUGAAUUAAUCCGUAGGCACUCGAUGAACCAGCCAAAGCAGAAGAAGUCGCAGAAAACAAAUCUUUGGAUACACAUUCAGAGGUGACUCUAUUCUUCUCUCUGAAUUCAACCCAUCCCUAUGAAAAUCCCUUUAUUUCUGGUCAUAUCUCCAUUUGACUGAUCUUGUCCACAGUGAAUAAAUGUUAGAAUUUGCACUUUUAGGUCGCAUCCACGCCAUUCAUUGGAGAGCAUUUCAAACACACUCCUACCUCGAAAGAAUCUUGAAAAUGGUCAUGUACCUUUCAGAGAUCUACAAUUCCCAGUCACCUUAACAAACUAUAGUUCCCAGGAUCUUUGGGGGGGGGGAGCAAUACGUUUUAAAUGAGCUUUAGAUGUAUGAUGUGGAUGUGAUAGUUGUGGUUCCCAAAAGAUGCAGGCUAUUACAAAAUGCUGAUAGCUGUGUUUUUGCCCACUUCUAAUGAAAACUUUGUAAUGGUAAGAGCUGUCUGCCAGUGGAAACGAUAGCCAUGGGAGAUGGCAGACUCUCCUUCACUUGAUGGCAUUUAAGGAGAUGCUAGAUGGUCACUUGCCAAGGAUGCUAUGGUCCAAGGGAAACCAGUGCUCUCCAGAUAUAUAUUUUUUUCAAUUUUUUCAAUUGAUUUUCACAUUUAUCACAAGGAAAAAGGAAAAACAUUACAAAACACAAAACAAAGGAAAAAAAGACACAAAAAAGAAUUAUUACUUCAAAUCCCUAAUUUCAUUACAUUGAAAACUGACUUCUUCAAAUCCCCUCUAUCUGAAUUUCAUUAUAUCACCUAUUUAACAGUUCUCCAAAUUCAUAUUUCUAAUGAUAUUAACUCCUUUCAUUUACUUACCGCAUAUCCUUUAUUGAUAUUGUAAUCCUUAAUAUUUACUAGCACAUAUUCUUAUUCUACCCCUAAGCCUAUUAAUUUCUUCCAAGAAUUUUCUAUUUAUCUUAUAUUACAGUAUUUAGCUAAAUAUUCUUUAAAUUUCUUCCAAUCCUCUUGUAUCUCCUCUUCCUUCUGGUCGCGGAUUUUUCCAGUCAGGUUGGCCAGCUCCAAAAAGUCCAACAUCUUCAUCUGCCAUUCUUCUGUUGUUGGUAUCUCUUGCGAUUUCCAAUUUUUGGCUAGUCCUCUCCAGAUAUUUUGGGCUAUAACUCCCAUCAUUCCUAACCAUUAGCCAAGCUGGUUGGUAGUUGUAGUCGACAAUAUCCAGAGGACAGAACAUUGGCUCCCUCUGCUGUAGUUGCAUUUUGCAUUAUAGUUCUUGCAUUGAGAAGGUAGCUGGUCUACAUACCCCCACAUGCCCCCUUUAAGCUCUGAUUCUAGAAUUUCAAGGGCAUUUCAGAUAUUUGUGUGAAAUUUGUCGAAAGACCAAAAAGGGGUUGGGAGAUACAUGCAUGAUCUGGGUGGUGUUGGGUCAUGAUACAUCUUUGGGGAGCUUAAAGUGUUGUGUUUUUGUGUUCAAGACAAAUAAACAAAUAACCCAAACGCUUAGUUGUGUUGAACUUGAGCAUUCUUGCCUGGAGAAAAAUGGAGGCGAAGAGAUGGAAUAGAUAAUAGGAUGUAGCAAGAAGAAAGAUGGUGAAGGAGCAGAAAAUGAAUGGAGGCUGAAAAGCCAUACGUUGGGCUUUGCAAGCACACUGAAAUUGACAACACAAUGCGGUUUGCACUUGGUAAAGUCAAGAGAAGGCGACCUAUUGUUGUUGAUUAUAGAAGAGAUGCAAGUUGUGGAACAGGACUUGAACAAGACAAAGACAAAUUAUGCGAUAUUCAUGGCACAAGCUAGUCCCAGUAAUAAAAGCAGGAGAUCAUAUGCAAAGGAGAUGGUGAGCUGCAAAUACAUCCUUGGGGUGAAAUUGAGAAUCAUGUUGUAGGUAACCGUCUCUCUUUUAAAAUCUUCUAGAUGUGCUCCCCUGCUCAGCUCAGGCAACAAACUGAAGAGCUAUGUGCUGCUAUUGAUCAAGUCUUACAGGACCCCCUGUCUAUGGUAACCAGAUAUUUAAAGCAUCUUGUUUGUCUCUAUGCUUUCUCCCCAACCCCUUUUGGUUUCUGCAACUGAGCACUUGCCAUUUUCAACUCAUCCUUUCUAGCGCCGUUGUGAAUCUUCUCCAGGCUCCCUGCAGAACAUACUGGAUUCAGAUGCAGGCAAAGUAAGUGGGCAUGGAUACCAGAAUGCAUGUUGUCUUACCCAGAUGUCCACAGCAAAACAUUUCUUCCCUGAAAACAUGAACAAAGCAAGCUAAGGGUGUUCAAAUUCAAGUUAAUACGAAAUUGUACUUUUCCAUCUGACAAAUGCACAAUAGUCUGGGGUCGUUAAUACACCCCAUGCUUCAUCUUUGACACAAGUUCAGGGGUGGGGGGGACUUGUGACCCUCCAGAGGUGGUUUGACUGCUGCUCCCAUCAGCCCCCAACCAGCAUGGCCAAUUGCCCGGGAUAAUGAUGGGAUCCAUAGUCCAACAACAACGGGAGGGUUACAGAUUCCUGCUCUGGUGUGAAAUACCCUGAAGGUUUUUCACUCUGUGGGUGGAACUACAUACACAUAAGGCCAGAAGUGACUAACCACCAAUUUGGGGGCCUCAUCCGCCCCUCCCCCAAAUUUUUCAGGGCCCCUAAGAUCCUCCCCUGAUUUUGGAGAUGAGAAUAAUAAUAAUAAUAAUAAUAAUAAUAAUAAUAGGAGGGAGGAGGAGGAGGGAGGCACAGUGCUGUGGUGGACUGAUAAGGAUGCAAUUUUUUCCUCUACCUUGCAUUCAAUGCCCUUUUAAAAUGUGUUAUUGGGUUGUUCUUGUUUUUAUUUUGAUUAUAUAUUUUGUGUUUCGAUAUUGGUGUUUUAUCCUGUGAACCACCCAAUUUGUUCUACCUGUCUACUAUUACCAAAUGGGGAUAAUUAUGUGGUCCUUCUAGUUCCUCACAAUGGGAGCAAUGUGCUAACUAACUCUGAUGUUUUUAAUUCCCAGAAGGAAAAAUAAACAUAUUCCAGGGUAAGGUUAAAUAAUGUUCUGGAUGGUUGACAGUGAAUCACUUGCUACAGUGAUUGACCACAAUGGUCUCAUUCAACAUAGUCCUAAUAUCUUAACAAGACACCCUUUUUCAUGUUCAAAUUCUGUGUGUAUCUUAAGCAACAAUCUUAUAUUCACCUGGGAGCAAGCCUCCCUGAAUUCAGUCAAACUUACUUCUGAAUAGAUGUGCGUAAGAUUGUGUUGUUACUCGUCUGCAUUGCUAUUUGGUGAUAACAACAGCAGAAAAUUGCCUGAAAGUUACAAUUUGGCACAAAACUUCUCAGUACAAUGCACACGGAACUGGCCAACCUAUGUUGCAAUUACAAUAUCGGGCUGAUUAAUCUUUACCUACAGACAUUGAUGUCUUCACAGAGACCAGCUGGACGGGAAACAAGAUUUGUAAGUAAUGUCAUAAAUGGACUUUAAAUUUCUUGCCUGCACUCAGCCUUUGUAUCUAUUGGCAAGAGCACAGCACAGCCUUGGAACAUAUAAAUGCAGAGUGCAUUUUCUCAUCACUGACUGGCUACAGCAAGUCGCUACAGAUUAGGAAGAACAACUUCCAGACCUGGGAAAGGUGUUUCCAGAGAGAUCUGAACUCUGGCAUCUGCGCGCUCUCUCUCUCUCUCUCUCUCUCUCUCACACACACACACACAUUAAGCACUGAUCAUAAUACCUUUACAAGAAUGCCACGUUCAAAAUCACAUUAUUCGCUUGUAAUCUUAAUCAUCUUUAGUCUAUCAAACUGAAUGACAGAAGCCCAUCUCUGGGGAACUGAAAAUAAGUGGCUUGAAGGCAUUAGCAUUUAAUGAAGCAUUAAAUGGCAUUAUCCAUCUCUUCACCUAGCAGCAGCUCCUUACAGAACAGGUACCUGGAACAGAAAUCUUGAAGCCUACUUGGAUUUUUUUCAUUAGCUCCAAUGAGGAGCUAUAACAGGGCACCAACUGUAUUUUCUCUUAUGAUGAUGAUGAUGAUGAUGAUGAUAGUAAUAAUAGUUGCCCCAGCCACUCUGGGUGGCUUCCAACAUAUAUCCGGCAUUCCAGGAUCAAAUUAAAAAUUGGGACAUCUUCUGUAAAUCCCAGACUGUCCCGGGAAAAUAGGGAAACUUGAAGGGUCUGGAACAUAAAUAUUGUGCCCAAUAGCCACUGGUGGCCUUUAUCGAAUCCUCUUUUAAAGCCAUCACUUCCUCUUGCAGGGACAAAUUUUAUAGUUUAACUAUUUUCCUCUGUGUAAAGUUGCUGAUGUCGCUUACAAUUUCAGGUUUGGGGUGUAUUGCAAAUCUUGCUCUUCUGUGUGUAUAUAUUUUGGAAUGAACGAACCGCUUACAGACAUAGACUCUGCUUGGAUAAAUAUGACAAUAUUUGGAAUGAAACGUUGUAAUUUUGAAAAGAAUUUGUAAGAAAAAUCACGAAUGAUUCCAACUAAGAUGUUACUUUCUCACUGCAAAAUGUAUUCGUUUCUCCUGUCAUACCAUGGAUAUUUUGUUAUAAGGUGGUGGUGAAGCGCAGAGAUUUUGAUGAAAACAUAGGUGGGUUUUUCCUUCUAUGCACAAUUAACUGAGGGAGGGAGGGAGGGAGAGAACAUUUAUUAUCCAGGGAAAGGUAUUUAUUUCAAGACAGGUUGAUGUUGCAGUUUAAGUCUACAUGAGAAUACAUAUUCAUGGUUCCUCCUACAAUUUGUUUUAUUUCCUCAGAAGGCUCACUGUAGGAGGUAAAGGAAUAAAAAUUCCCAGUUUAUUUUUUAUUUAUAUUUCUAAAUCAGUGCAAUAGAUAGCUAGAGAGGUGAUGGGGUUUUUUAUCAUGUGCUGGCCCAUAAUGAUUUGAAAAGGGAGUAGAAGUGAUCAUUCACUCUUCUGAAAUUGUCAAACAUGUUAAACUAUGUUUGGGGCAUUGUUCCACUGGUAACUGCCUGGGGGCUUUCCAAAAGAUCAGUUUAUUUAGUGCAACAAAUAUGCAGUUGAUAUUCAUUUGCCACAAGUGCUAAUAAUGCAGUGUUGAAACAGGACUCAAAUAUACGGUAACAUGCCUACAAUUAGGGAGAGGAGAAUCUGUCAGUUUUUGUUCCUCUCAGUUUCUCAUUUGUCUAGUCUUCAGUCAUCAUGAAUAUUCACCAGCAUUUGCUUCCAAAUCCCUCCUAAUAUACAAAUUUUAUACAAUUUUCCAAAUAUACACAUUUAUGCAAGCAAUUUUCCCCAAUAUAAUGCAUUGCUGAGUAUGUAAUUAUCAUUAAUAUACGGAUUUUAGUGAACAAUUUAUCCUAGUGAAUAUGUUUUUGUGUUCAUUACUUGUCUGCAGAACUGAAUUGCAAAAAUCAGAGAAGUGCAAAAUUUAAAAUAUACCUGUGUUUUGGUUCACGCAUUAAUUAAGUUCAUUUUUAAAUGUGAACUGAAGUGAACUUUCCCCUCCCUCUAUCUCUGGAUAAGCUGCUGCUAUGAGCAUUUUGAUUUUUGUGCAAUUCAUUUUGUUGCUUGUAGAAACAGAUUUCAUUUGGACUACCUUUCUCCUUUUCUUAGUUCUGCAAUUAUUAUGCACUAUUGUGAUGCUUAGUCUCAUUUAAAAAAAUAAAAAUCUAAUACAUCAUUUGUUUUCGGGUUGUAAAGCCUCAUACGUUCAUACUUUUCCCAAAGAAAAACAAGACACUCUUAACAUGAUGGAAAACAAUGUAUGCUUCUAGUUGAACUGAUAUCACAUGUAUUUUAUUUCAGGCUAACCUUCGUUCAUUGCAAUCUGUGGCACCUGAGAAGCAAAAGGUAUGUUUCAUGUCUAAACUAACACUCCCCACUACAAUAAAAUAAAAUAAAAUAGGUUAUGGAGCUGGAAAUGAUUGCAUUUAAAACACAUCACUGGAGUGAAGGUAGUUUUAUUUAUUUAUCGUUUCAUGGCGUUUAAACCUAAAUAUGUGACCAACAAAUUAAAUAAUAAAAAUGCGGUGUCAGAGCAGCCCAUCGCUCAAGAUGAAAUUAAGUUACAGGGCUCUAAACAAAACCUACAGGCAUGGAAUUAUUCUAUCUAGGGCCAAACUGCAUGUUGCAUAUAGCAGAGCUGUAGCUUCAGUGGGGUUAACUGGGUUUUUUUGACCCGGGUGAAGUCUCCAGAGGGCACCAUUGAGGCUCCCAGCCUUUGUGAGUGUAUGAUGCAAAUGUGCAUGGGUGUGUGUGCCAAACUUGGUCUUUGACCUGGGUGAAACAAAAAUUAGUUUCACUCCUUCAUAUAGUGCACUUAAAAAACCCCAACUGCUUAGAAGUGGGUAGAUCAACUUAUGUUGGCAUGUGCAAAACAAAAUCUUGGAAGUGCCUCUUUCUAGAAGUAAAAAUGAAGUUGUUAUGUACUGAAGUUCUCACCCUGGGCCAGCAGGGGGAUACUGUAGAUAGUUAUGCAAAUAAGGGAUCGAAAGUGACGUUCAGUGAUUGGAUAGUUUGUAUGCAAAUAAGGGAUCAAAAGUGACGUUCAGUGAUUGGAUAAUUACAGAAAAUGGUUACUGUUGUGUUCUAGUGGAGCUCUAUAUAAGCAGGCUGACUGAACCCUUCAGUUCAGUUCUGUUCUGGCCUAUGAAUAAACAAGAGCUGUUUGAAGAAUCGCUGUGUUGUCUGAUAUGUUCACCCACAACUUAACAGAAGUGAUAAUAAAUUAAAUGCUUAAGCAUUUGCUGCUCUGUCUCCCUGCCUGUGGGAGAUGCAGCUAUGCAUCUGAGAGAGUUUCGCAGAACAGUGCCCAGCAUUCAGAAUAGAUCCGCAUGUUGCUUGAAGCUGGGAUGUGAUUUGUCAAGCAAAAUAACUUUGGCCAAGCGGCUGACAAAGAGGCUUGCCAAAUAUAUUGCUUUGUUAGGAGCAAUAUCAAUGCAGCGGAUUGCUAAUACCAUUGUAUUCGAAGCUGCUUUGCAGUUAUCUUCCAUUGAAUAAAUCAAACGCUUGAGAUGUCGUGUUUUCAGUCUGGUGCUGAGCCUCAGGCCUUCAUCAUUUUAUUAACUGCAAAGCAAUAUUCAGCAGGCUGCUUAUUAUGAUGUCAAGAAAGCAAUGUGCUUAUUUGGAACUCUAAAACGGAUUCCUCACUAUUUUUGAAAUGCUUUGCUUUCAUUUACAGAUCAUGAGCAUUAAGUAACAACUUGAACUUCAUAGUACUGUUGGACAGGAAGGGGUUUGGGAAAACCUAGUCCCGUAGCCCUAUCUAACCAUUGACAUGCAAUGUAGCAUGGAAGCCUAGAAACUGGGAAAGCUUUCGUGCUCCUCUUUUUCAAUAUGAGUGAUGAAUUGUUGUGCCACCCACAAUGACUCUUGUGAUGUGUUGGGGAAAAUGGGAAUGAUCAGCAACAGGACACAAGCAAAUACAAAUAAAUAUUUUCUUAUUGGUUAUGUAUCUGGCUGAUGUUUCCUAUAGAACAAUGCAAUACAGAGAAAGUAUAGAGUGCUAAAAGUGAGUUCAAAAUAUUUAAGUUAUAUGUUUUACAUGUACAAAACAAGUAACUUGUAUCUCGUGAAUGUUCAUGAGAUUUGUUGCUCCAUAAACAUGGGCUCAAAUAAAAGAAUUUGCAUUUUCCUCUUAGGCAUUUCUGGAGAGCAGUAAUUUAGUUGCCAGUGGGAGGGCAAAAAUUAGACUUCUUAAAUCCAAGGCUUGCCUCCUGUUCUUCUGAUACAUACAUGAAAAGGAAUUUUUAUUACCCUUACGUGGGUUGUAUGAGACCGCUGACUGUCAUUGCUUUAAUUUUUUAAAGUAUUGAUAGAAUAGAAAAUGCUCUAUUAAUAUUUUCCAGAGUGAAAUAUAGCCCUGGUAGGAGAAUGACAGAAAAAGCAUUGAAAGUAAUUUUUCUUUCCCUUCCUUCCUUCCUUCCUUCCUUCCUUCCUUCCUUCCUUCCUUCCUUCUCUUUCUCCUUCUCCGUCUCCUUCUCCUUCUCUUUCUCUUUCUUUCUCUCUCUCUCUUUUUCCCUUUCUCUUUCCCUUUCUCUUUCUCCACCUUUUAAAAAUUCCAAUACAUAUGCAAACUUUUCCUUCCUCUCUCUUACCUUGUUGGUAGUAGGUAGGUACAACAGGUGGUCUGGGGUGGGUCUGUGAAACUGCAGUUAAAAAUCAUCCAGCAUCUAUCACAGUGUAUUACAAUUGCUACAACAGGCAGAAAAACCAUUAAGAGAUCUUCCAAGACCCCCAUCAAUUUUCAAGGUGUCCAGAGGUGGGGGUUCAGAACCACGGCACUAAGUGAAAGGUAUUCCACUAGUGGAGCUUGAGAAAAAGCUUAUCUAUCUGGGACAGUGAAACAGAUGACUUACCUGUCAUGCCACAGUUCACUUUUAGUAGGCUAUAUCCAGUUUCCUAGGUACCACAGCCUGCCUGAGUCUUCUUCUGAUCUUCCACUGAGGCCCUGCCCCUGGUGCCUUCCAUUUUUGGGCUGUGAUGCUACAAAGGACAGAACUUUUCAGGGGGGGGCACCUGGUUUUGGAAUCCCCUGGUAAAGAGGUUCCACUGGUGCCUACUUUGCAAGCCUUUAGAUUCCAGGUUAAGGCAUUUUUAUUUACCUGGAUGUGUAUGCGUGUGUGAAUAAGAUAAUUAAUAAAUAAAUAAUGCCUUGGCAUGCCUUAUGGGUUGGGUUUUAUACACGAUCUUAAAAAGAAAAAGAAAAAAGAAGUUUUGACUCUCCAGUUGCUGCAGCAACCGCUGAGGGAUGAUGGGAGUUGUAGUCCAGCAAUGUCUCCUGUGCCAAAGGCUAUCAUUUAUACUGGUUGUGCCACAAAUGCAUCAGAGUGGACGAGUGCAGCAGUUUCCCUUUCAUACUUAACCGUUCUUGGCUUCGGCAAGAAGGGAUACUCAUUGAAAAGUAACGAAUGUAUCUUUAUACUUUAUAACAUGUAAGGGUGGCAAGUUAAUAUCUAAGAAUGUACAGUGGUACCUCGGGUUAAGUACUUAAUUUGUUCCGGAGGUCCGUUCUUAAGCUGAAACUGUUCUUAACCUGAAGCGCCACUUUAGCUAAUGGGGCCUCUCGCUGCUGCUGCGCCGCCAGAGCACAAUUUCUGUUCUCAUCCUGAAGCAAAGUUCUUAACCCGAGGUAAUAUUUCUGGGUUAGUAGCGUCUGCAACCUGAAGCGUAUGUAACCUGAAGUGUAUGUGACCUGAGGUACCAGUGUAUGCAGUUUUCCAAGACAUACACACAAUUCAAACACACAAUCGUACCUCUCUACUUCUCUUUCCUGAAAACUAGACAAAGCCUGGUGUCAUUCGUCCAACAAUGGUGAAAGCAAAAAUAAUAACGUUAAAGGAAGAGGAACCUGCCCAACCAAACCCGUUCAGAAAGUACCUAGAAGAAACCGGUGGCCUCCAAACUGAACAGGUAAAGCUUCUUUCUUUUCCUAAUUCAGCUGAGAUUUUCUUACUGGAACACUGUAGCUGAAUUUGUCUUAAGUAUGCAGGUGGAUAUUUUUAACUAUGGAAAUAACAAACCAUCUCUGAACCAAACCCUCUUCCCACUCACCCCCAAUAUCUAAUAAGAACUACCCCUCUCCUAUGCUGUUGUCAUUGCGCUGUGUGCCUCCCCACUUUUGUGUCACGGGUUGGUAAGAAUGGGGAGACUUGGGCUCCAAACCCCACUUAGCCACCAGGCUCCUGGGUAACUCUGGGAGAAUAUUUGCUAUCUCUCAGAUGAACCCGCCUCACAGGGUUGCCGUGAGGAUAGCAUGGGAAGGUAUCCAUUUAUGCCACCCUCGGAUGAAGCAAAUCAGACAUCCACCAGCUACUCCUUGUCCCGCUACAUUAACUAUUUUUUCUUCCUUAUCCAAACAACUUGUGAACAAUUGUGUCCAAUCCGACAGGAGCAUGAGGCAACAUAGUAGAUUCUCCCUUGCUGAUAUGAGCCCAUCUUUCAUAUUAUAAUAAACUGCCAUUUACUGUAUCUGCUGCAGUAACCGUAUUAACAACCACAAAACCAUACAGAAAUAACAAGUGAAUUCUUAAUUGUACAAAGUCAAGCAAACUGGGCAUCCCCUCUGGGCCUCUUGGCUUGUCCUUUAACCAGUCUCUUUGUCUGCUUCUCUUUCUUCCAGGAUUCAUCUCUUUCCCAUCCUUAUUUAUAUACUAAACUGAGCUCUCCUACUAAGUCCCCAUUGCACCCACAGGGGCUCUCUCAUGCUGACUUGCUAACUCCUGGUCCAUUCAAUCAUUUGGGUUCCAUCUUUGGCGACAUCCAUGACAGUUCUUAUAGUCCUUACCGUCGCAAUACUUUGUAUAACAAGGUGAGAAAUGUCCCUUCCCCGUGUUUCUGUUGUGUUAAUGAAGGACAAAGGUUUUUGAGGCAGCAAUUCUAAAGACAAAGUAAUUCUAUAUACGAAUGCAUUGAUAUAGUGCCCUUUGGCCAAAUGGUUUCAUAAGAACAUAAAAGUAGCCUGACUGGACCAGACCAAAGGCCUGGGGUCAGACGCAGACGGCCUUUAUUGGCUCCCAAACCCUGCCCACUAGCCUGGCCAGAUUGGCCAGGAUUCAGAUAAACAGAUGGCAGGAAAACCCAGUACUCCCUAGCGGCUGGCCUAGGAGUUCUCCAAUGACUGACCGCCUAAACCAGGCACUGCUCCCAGGGGGUAGGUAUUUGGAGCUGCCUAUGCUGUGCAGGGACGCGGGUGGUGCUGUGGGUAAAACCUCAGCGCCUAGGACUUGCCGAUCACAUGGUUGGCGGUUCGAAUCCCCGCGGCGGGGUGUGCUCCCGUCAUUCGGUCCCAGCGCCUGCCAACCUAGCAGUUCGAAAGCACCCCCGGGUGCAAAUAGAUAAAUAGGGACCGCUUACCAGUGGGAAGGUAAAUGGCGUUCCGUGUGCUGCGCUGGCUCACCAGAUGCAGCUUGUCACGCUGGCCACGUGACCCGGAAGUGUCUGCGGACAGCGCUGGCUCUCAGCCUAUAGAGUGAGAUGAGCGCACAACCCUAGAGUCUGGCAAGACUGGCCUGUACGGGCAGGGGUACCUUUACUUUUACCUUUAUGCUGUGACCAGGUAAGCAGCCAUUUAUGAACCAGAUGCCUGUGUGAACCAGAUGCCCAUCAGCAGAGCCAAUAGCCCUCUCCUGAUGCUGUUCCCCAGAAACUGGUAUUCAGAACCAUACCUGUAUGCUUCACAACAAAUCAGGGCAGUUUCAAAAACAUAGCACUUUUAAGCACAUAAGAACGCGGGUGGCGCUGUGGUCUAAACCACUGAGCCUUGGACUUGCCAAUCAGAAGGCCAGCAGUUUGAAUCCCUGCAACGGGGUGAGCUUCCGUUGCUCGGUCUCAGCUCCUGCCAACCUAGCAGUUCGAAAGCACACCAAAAAGUACAAGUAGAUUAAUAGGUACCGCUCCAGUGGGAAGGUAAACGGCAUUUCUGUGUGCUGCUCUGGUUCGCCAGAAGCAGCUUAGUCAUGCUGGCCACAUAACCUGGAAAAACUGUCUGCGGAGCAGACAAACGCCGGCUCCCUCGGUCUGUAAAGUGAGAUGAGCGCUGCAACCCCAGAGUCGUUCGCAGCUGGACUUAACUGCCAGGGGUACCUUUACCUUUAAGGACACUUACUUGGCAGGUACUUGACAUCAAUAGGUUAUAUGUGGCCUCUAAUAAGCAUCUUCAAAUAUUGUGAAAUAAUGCAAAUGAAAAAGCAUUAAAACAAGCGUCCCUGUGUUGUGAAUUUCACUGCCUUCCUCAAGGCAGCCUCAUUGGCUGACAGGGAUGUGGAAAAUGCCCUAUCAUGUGGGGAGCAUUGCUAAAUAUUAUGGGGUGGGAGGAGAAGUUACCACGAGGAUGCUAUUUCCAGAAGCAUCUUUGUGGAGUAUAUAAUAUGAUCAGAUUCAAUACUAAGUCAAAUUCUGGACCACAUAGACCAGAAUUAAAAAUUAUGUGAGUGUCCCAGAAAAGCUUGGUUGCUCUUAUGUUGUCGUUUUUAAAUUCACGUGCUAUGAUUCCAUUCUUCGGGUGGUAUUCACUCAAGUUUUACUCAGAGUAGGCUUACUAGAUCUAACUUAGUCUUUUUCAUUAAUUUCUGUGUAAUUUCUGCAUAAAACAUAAUUGAAUACCACCCCAUUCCUUUUCAGAAACUGUAGAUAUCCUAGCACGGCAGAGCUAAAUUUCAUUGGUCUUGAUCUAAAUUUCACUUGAUCUCUGAUUAGCUUUAGAGAUUUUUUUUUCAAUAGAAAGUGCAGUCUUUCCAGCAUCAUUCAAAAUAUAUCCUAGGCAUUUUCUCAAACUAUCUCACAUGAGUUGAAUUUUAAAUUAACCUUCUGCUGUGUCUACAAUGAAAUCUGAAUUAACUAGGUAAGUUGUACUGUGGUCAUUCUACCACUAGAGAGCAAGAUUCACUGAGCAAAAUGACCUUCAGCGUUCAUGAAGAAUUAAUACACCUGCUUAAGCUGAAUGGAUUCAGGUAUUUUUCAUUUGCUUUUGAAAAAGCAAUUCUUCAUUUAGAAAGAAUAUAUAAUCUCCCUGGUGAGUGCCAUUGUAAAUUAACCUGGUGAGAAAGAGUCUUUUUAUGCCUUGUAUCAGGGACAUCUUAAGCAUAUCCGGCGCCAUGGUGCAAAGAUCCCUCUUGUGCCCCCCACCUUUCCCAGAGUUGUUGACCUUUUCCCAAGCCUCUGCUGGGAUCGCUCUCCUCCCACAGAGGCUUGGGAAGGAAGCUGCACGCCUACCAGCCAUAUGGUCGACGGGGCACAGCUGAUGGGUGUGCAAGGAAAGGGGAGGCCAGCAGCAAAGCCACGCAGCUCCCUCACUCGCUGGGGUGCCCGAGAGGCCGGCAGUAGCACCUCGACUUACGUAACCCUCAGGUAAUGUAAACUUCGGGUUGUGAAAGCAGCAAACCCGGAAGUGUUUUGCCAUGCACGCAUGUGCGGAAGUGGCCUACCGUCUACCGCCGUGGGUGCAUGAGCAGAAGCGGUCUAACGCUUCUCCUCCAGUUGUGAAAACCUCAGGAUCCGGCCGGACCUCCAGAAUGGAACCCGUUCCGGAGGUACCACUGUACUAUAAUGUAAAAAGAAGUGCUUCUCAUCAUCAUGAUUAAGGCUGUGACCUCAUGACCAGAUCGUACUGACUGACUGUUGAUGGGCAGCUUCGAAGUCUCCCUUAAGAUGGUUCUUUCUUUUGAAAAGGACUUGAACAGGACAGCUUUCAAACAAAGGACUGCUUUCUGUAAGACAGGACACACAGCCUGAAAGAAUUGGGGGGUGGGGCGGUUUACCUUAGAAAUAAAUUGGAUUUGUGUGUAAACUUUAAGUGCUUCUGUAUGUUUUUGCAUUCCUUUCACAUCAGGACAAAACAGAUCUGCAUGUCUUAAACGCCUAGGGAGAACGAAAGUUUGAAAGAGAUGUUAGCCUCACUAAAUAGCACAGAAAAUAUGUGGGAAACAGAAGAUGUUGGAAACAGUCUUGUUGCUAUGGCAUUUGCCAGUUGCCAACUGGUAGAAUUUGAUGUCAAGGGCACACAGUUCCUAUUGGGAAUGAAAAAAACCUCCCACAGCUAAAAAGACAGUCGUUCAAAAAGCCCCACGCUUCUGCCGUGAGUGAUAGCAGGUGAUCUACCAUACCAUUAAAAAUAUGGAAAGUAAACAUGACUCAUUCUCUCAUGCAAGAGGAAUAAAGGUUUAAAUAAUCUAUUUUGUGAUCUUCUGGCGCUGCAGCUUAAGUGUCAAGUGUUCUGACAUGGAAUUGCUGGUCUAGAGAGAACAGCGUCAGAAAGCCUUUUAAGAUGCCCGAAGAGUAGAAGGAACACUUGGGUUUAUUGGGGCAGGUGUGGGAGGUCAGAGAGAGAGAGGAGCCACUGGUGACAUACCUACACUCAUAUUACUCUCAGCAUGGUCCUUAGCUGCAUACAAAUGGUAUGUGUAUAGGUUCUACUCUAACUCCAACAAUUUGGAGUUAGAGCUGACAGUGGGUGUUCCCUGACUCUUCCCCCCAUUUUUUGGUGGGAUUCAGUGACAUGUUGGCAAAUUCAGGUAGAGAAAUUAAAGUUGAUUUGGCAUUCUUGCAAGCACCCCCUCCUUCCCUCCCCUCCAAAAUCAGACCUUUGUGAAAAGGAAAAGGCGCUGGAAAGUAUGGGUCAAUGUUUCCUUGAUGGAACAUCAUCUAACCUCCCUGGAAACAAAUGAGGAUAACUGCUCAAUAAAUCGGUUGUUUGCAUAUGAAGAAAAACUAAGUAUUUCAAGCUGGCAUUUUCUGGAUAUAGGGUUUUAUUCUUUUGGGGGAAUUGCAACUAAACAUCUAAAUUAGCAUCCUAUUUCUAGCAGGGGACAAAACAGCUGGUUAUGGAAAGCCCCAAAAGUGAAAGCUCUAAACAUGAGGAUUCCAUGUAGGCAAGAAGACCCUCAGCUACAGACCAGCCUUUCCCAUCCUUGGUUCCUCCAGAUGUUGCUGAGCUCUCAUCAUCCUUGAUCAUUGACCAUGUUGGCUGAUGGUAGUUGAUACCCAACAACAUCCAGAGACAUCCUAAGUCUAGGGAAGGCUGUUAUAGACAGAGGAGCUGAUCUGAUUCCCUUUUAAAUUAAUCUAAGCUAUUGGUGAUCACUAUACAGCUAGCACUCUCUGGGGCUAUGUGGGUAGCAGCAAACGUAAGGCUCAGUGGCUGAGGUCACCAGAGACUGAAAACUGGUUUAGCACCCAUCCUCCAACAGUCUCCACAAGUGAAUAUUUUCCUUUAUUUAAUCCUGUGGAAAGGGUGAAGCACAGCUUUUAAGGCUAUUGUUACAGUGGGGGGGGGGCUCACCUUCAUCACCACCCCAAACAGCAUUUGGAAGAUUGUCCACCACUGAUGGAAAUCUUGCAAAGUAUCGGGGUGUGUCUGAGUGCCUGUACACAGUGCACAUUGAGAUGCACUGCAGACACACACUUUCAAAAUCUUCAAAGUACACAGACCCGCACAUGCAUGCUGUCUGUCUUAAUGAUGGGCCUUCUGCUAACAAUGCAGUGAGAGGAGUUUUUCAGACAUCAAACUGUCAUGCAGGGUUCAUGGGCAUUUAUCUGAACAUUUAUCUUCAGUGUAUUGGCGUCCCAUUUGCAAUACGCCAGGUGUUUCGCCCUCAUGAAAUGCCAUUAAGUGCCAUUGCAGUGUCUGCUUUGUAACGCUCUUGACAUUUCCUCUCUUUGCAGCCCACUCAUCCGAUAGUGCCCAUUCCAGAAAAUGAAGCACUUAGCUCCAAAGAGGUAUUGGUAAAGCAUUCUGCAUUUCUAAAUGCAUGCAGGGUUAUGACCGCUCACUCAGAUUUGUUCUUGUUGAUGCAAUGUAAGAAUGAAAAUUAGGAGAGGGUGUAGAUGGGAAAAGGUUGUUUUGUAUGACAGGUUCACAUGCAUGGGUUAAAUCCUUUAAUCUGUUUAUUUAUUUUACUUUUUUAUAAAGGCAUUCAAAUACUUCCUAUGACAAUCGAGCUCAAGGAAGUGUACAUAUUUAAAAAUAUAAAUGAACACAACAGGGAAACCGCAAUGUUAUAAGUAAAAUGCAGCUGAUAACCCGAAUGACACAAUUAAUUAACUUUUGACAAUAAAACACCAGGAAAUGCUUUAGUGCACAGGUAUGUUUUUAAUGGGGGACGCGGGUGGUGCUGUGGGUUAAACCACAGAGCCUAGGAUUUGCCGAUCAGAAGAUUUCAAAUCCCUGUGACGGGGUGAGCUCCCGUUGCUCGGUCCCUGCUCCUGCCAACCUAGCAGUUCGAAAGCAAGUCAAAGUGCAAGUAGAUAAAUAGGUGCCGCUCCGGCGGGAAGGCAUUUCUGUGCGCUACUCUGGUUUGCCAGAAUCGGCUUAGUCAUGCUGGCCACAUGACCUGGAAGCUGUACGCUGGCUCCAUCAGCCAAUAAAGCGAGAUGAGCGCCGCAAACCCAGAGUGGACCUAAUGGUCGGGGUCCCUUUACCUUUACCUAUGUUUUUAACAAGUGCUGUGUUUAACAAGUGUUGGCACUUGUUGGAGCUGCAAGGGAGGCAAUUCUAUAUAGAAAGGGGGCCACCACAGAGAAGGCCCUCCCCCUGGUUUCCUCCAACCAAGAUAGUGACACAGCCAAGAGUGCAAUGCUUGGACAGGACAGUAGGGGCAGAGGCACUCCUCCAGGUAUCCUGGUCACAAGUUGUUUUAUAGGUUAAAGUCAAAACCUUGACUUUCACCCAUUAGCUUAUCGGAAGCCAGUGGAGUAGCUUCAGGAACUGUGUAAUAUGUGUGAAAGAGAGCACUAAAUGGCGCACAAAUUACACACUUGUGCCUACAAAUGAAAAUAAUGGUGAUCACGGCAUGGCGAUAGGUGGGAUAGAAUUUAUCAUAUAGAAGGGGAAGGGGAAAUCCUGCCUGUACCUUUUUUGUGGCUGAACAAGGAGACUGAAGCCAACACUCUUGUUGCUGAGUGGAUUGUUGGCCUGAUGUAGACACAGGAUUCUAAUGUUAUUCUCAUGCCAUGGCUGUCAGGAGCCUCACCUACCAAACUUCUUCCUCAGCUAUGGCUGGUGUGGGGGCAGGAGGGGGAAGCUUGUUCUAGAGUGAAGCCUUUAUUCUGUUUCCCCAAAUUUAAAACUUCUAAAACUUCUAAAAGCUAUGUUGUUUUUUUGAAGAGGAAAAAGAGAGAGGCAAGCAUACCUGUGUUGUGUUCAGAAUAGCAAUAUUCUUUCUAACUGGAAACUUUUACAGCUUUGUUCUGCUAGAGCACAAAACAAGCUGGAUUUGCUGCCCUACCAGGAAAACAAAGAUCUAAGCAGAGGAAAUGUUCCAGACAAUGGCAGUCCUCACAGCAGAGCUCACUGUCUACCCAGAGGAGACUUUGAGAACGUUUUUGCAAAAACCACCUAAGGUAGAUUUGUUUAUUAUCCUACCUUCCCCCAAUGAGCUCAAGGUGGCAUGCAUUGUACUCACAGUGGUCUGUGAGGUAGAUGAGGCUGAGUAUGACUUACCCCAAGGUCACCUAGUGUGCUUUGUGGCUAAGUGGGGAUUUGAACCCUGAUCUCCAGGAACCAGAAUAGUGUUUCCCAAACCUGGGUCUCCAGCUGCAUUUGGACUACAAUUCCCAUCAUCCCUGACCACUGGUCCUGCUAGCUAGGGAUGAUGGGAGCUGUAGUCCAAAAACAGCUAGAGACCCAAGUUUGGGAAACACUGUUCUAGACCAACACUUUAUCCUAGCCUUUCUCAACCUUGGUCUCCAGAUGUUCUUGAACAACAACUCCCAUCAUAAUUGACCACUGGUCAUGCUGGCUAGGAAUGAUGGGAGUUGUAGUCCAACAACAUCUAGGGACCCAAGGUUGAGAAAACCUUCUCUGACCACUGCAAUACACUGCUAUUUCCUGUUCAUGACCCACCUUUUCGAUAUGUAAAGCAUGCAAGGCACAUGGCAGGAGGUCCAGCAGCAGGGUCUAGCCAUCUUGCCCUCUGCACUCAGAACAGAAACAUUGAUGACCCUCCAAAUGGGUUGCAGAAGUUGCCUAAUAAAGACCUCUUAAGUUCUCAUCAAUGAAUUAGUGCAUCAGUCUUUAGCCUCCAGGAUCUCUGAAAUAAUUAUAGGCUGUCUGUGUAAAAUAAUACCCUUUAUUAACAAAAAGGGACAUCAUCACAGCUGGAUGUUUCAUGCGAUGUUAACAACUCAGCACUGUAGACAUGCUCUACUAAAGCCCAAUAAUGGAUCAAAAUUAUUUAUUCAUAUGAGCAUGUUUGCACUCUGGUCAACACACCCCUGUUUUGGUUAAGAUGUGUUGCUUCAGUUGCAAUUCCUAGGGUAGACUGUAAGGAGGCAUCCUGUUUUGUGUUCAUUACAGUCGGCACUGAUUCUGACAGCUGGGAUAGCUCAGUCAGUAGAGCAUGAGACUCCUAAUAUCAGGGUUGUGGGUUUGAGCCCCAUGCUAGGCGAAAGAUUCCUGCAUUGCAGGGAGGUUGGACUAGAUGACCCUCGUGGUCCCUUCCAACUCUACAGUUCUAUGAUCCACUACAAUUUGACUUCCACUAAAAGCUAUGUUGUUUGUCUCACUAUCCACGAUGGCCAAAAGUAAUGAAAGGGAAACAAUGCAGAAAACAAUGUCAAUGGCAAACUAAAAAACCUAUGGCUAAUGCUGCUUGUAUUCAUUUGCUUGAUCUCUGUUCCUGACCUCAGAUGAGCAUGUGAAUUGCAGCCAUUUCCACUCCUGAUUCCAGAUGAAUUCCCUGACAUCCCUACUUAUCAGCCAUCACAGCAUCCUACAGUAAUAAAUUCCACAAGGAAAAUUAGGCAUUGUGUACUUAGGUUUUUUUCUUGUCUUCUGUUUCCUACCAGGGCUGUCACUUGUGGGAUGUUCUGUCUGGGAGCUGGAACAGGUAUUAUGUUUUCCUCCUUAAUCUCAUAAUUGCUCUUUUGUCACUUCUGUGUCUAAUGAGCACAACAGGGAAUUUAAUACUGCUGAAUACAUGCUAUGUGGUACCUAUUAAGCUUCAAAGUCACCAGCUAUUAUAAAUUUUAUUUAUCUAUUUAUUAAAAAUAUUUGUAUGAUGCUAGUUCAUUAAAAGAAACCCAAAGUGGUGUGCAGCAAUAUUGUAGAUAAUCAGCUACAGAAAGAUGAUUUCUUAACUUCCUGCAUUAUCUUGACAGCCUAGAAAAGUUUUCAUCCGAAAUUUAAAGGUUAAAACAGAAGUUGCCUCCUGAAUUGCCAUUGGACUGAGCCAAUGAUACAAAAGUCUGAGAUUCUUGUCACUGUCAGAUGAAUCUCACCAACUUGAUCUCAGUGAUAAAGCUGUGCUGUAAAUUGCCCUGUGAUCUUCAGAUGAAGGGCUGUACAGUCGUACCUUGGUUUUUGAACAGCUUAGUUCUUGAACGUUUUGGCUCCCGAACACCACAAACCCGGAAGUGACUGUUCCAGUUUGUGAGCUAUUUUUGGAAACCAAACAUCCAACGGGGCUUCAGUGGCUUCCGAUUGGCUGCAGGAGCUUCCUGCAGCCAAUCAGAAGCUACGCUUUAGUUUCUGAACUUUUUGGAAGUUGAACGGACUUCUGGAAUGGAUUCCUUUCAACUUCCAAGGCAUGACUGUAUAUAAAGUUAAUAUAUAAUAAUAAUAAUACAAUUAGUAAUAAUAAUACAAUAAUACAAUUAAGCUGGGAUAUAAGGGUUCAGGUGGUCCCUAAGGUAUGCUGGACCUGAGCUGUAUUAAUUUACAAAGCCCUGAACAAGGACUUUGAAAAGGAGCAUAAAAUGCUUUCAAGUGCAUCAUUUUAGGAUGAAGACAGGUGUAAGGCUACAAUACUGUGCAUUCUUACUUCAGACUAAGCCCAAUUUAAUUCCAUUGGACUUACAUCUGAGAAAAUAUAUGCAGAGAGGAUUAUGGUGCCUAAAUGAUGGAAUUUAUUUGAAAAUACAUUUGAAGCAUUCCAAGACGUAAUUUUUUAGGGUAGCGAAUAUAUAUUCAGAUCACUUUCCACUACACUUAAAAUGUUAAUGUGCCUUCAAUUUCAGGUUUUUAUAGUGAAUUUAACAUCCUUUUCACAAAUAUCCAAUGGCUUGUGUACAUGACUAUCUGUAUGUUAGUGGCUUAGUAAAAUCUUAAGUGGUAAUCCAAUUCUAAUUGUUUAUAAAUUGGAACAUCAAUUGAUGGAGAUUAUUAGAUACAAUUUCAGUCUAUGGCAUUUAUUUCUCUCUCUCUCUCUUUUCAGACAUGAUUUCAGAUUAAAAGUUAAUUGUAGGGAAUGCUACUUCCCAGUCUGCUGCGAUGCUGACAUGAGAUCUAUGCUGAAGUGAGCUGAAGUGUUGCAGCUUAAAAAUGGCCUCUCUCUGUAUUCGUUGUAAAAUAUCAGUAGCAUACCACAAGUAAUCAGGAACUCAACAGUGAAUAUACAGUGAAAUGAUUGUUGAAAAAUUCUGUAUAACUUCCUGAAGUGUUUUUAACGCAUGUUGCCUAGAAAAUCAGCUUCGGCUGAUCAGAAAACGAUUUACAUUUUGAAAUGAAAUAAAGUUGAGUUGUAUAUUGUAUAAAGCAA